GAUCACGUGUCUGCGAGCUCUUCGCUCCUGCCCGAAGCCGCCUCGGCUGCUGCUUCUUAUUCAUUCGUCGGCGCGUCUUAGCGACAACAGCGCACAAUUUCGGGCUGCUGCUGCCGCCGCCGCCGGUCUCAUUGCGGGAAACGGCGCCCAGGUAAGUCCCUCGAGAAGCAGCCCCACCAGGCAGGGCAAAAGCGCCUCGGUUUGCCUCGCGGUUUCGGUUUCUACGGGAACGAGGAAACCCAGCAGGGUGGGCUUUGGCCGCUGAUGCUGCGCGGGAUGAACGUCGGAACCGGGUCUUUCCCCGAUUGCUGGUCCUGGAGGUGGUCUCUCCCCCGCCGUCACCCCCCCCCCAGGGGGUUGAGGCAUCGAUCUCUCCCCGACCCGCUUCAGACCGCUAGCGAUGCCUCCUUGGAAGGCAGCGGCAGGAAUCAUACAAUUGGAAGGGGCCUCUGAAAGUCAUCUAGUCCAACCCCUCGCAGGAAUCGUUUGCCCAUCGUAGGGCUCAAACCCACAUCCCCCGGUCCUGAGUGCACUUAGGGCAGGAGGCUUUAAGAAGAGCCCCGGGGGAUCUUUUUUUAAAGAGAUCUGGUGGCUUUCCGGCAAGGGUGCCUUUGUUUUAAGCGCGUUGCUGGUGCCCAGGGUGAAAAAGUGAAUACAGAAUACUAGUAGUAGUAGUAAAUAAUAAUAAUAAUAGUUGUAGUAGUAGUAGUAGUAAAUAGUAGUAGUAGCUCUGUCGGUAGAGCAUGAGAAUCUUAAUCUCAGGGUCAUGGGUUUCAUGAGGGGGUUGGACUAGAUGAUCCUGGCAACCCUUUCCAACUCUUAUGAUUCUAUGAACAACAACGCUGCCUUUGCUCGUCCUGCUGGGACGUCACUGUGAUUCACCUCUGGAGAUUAAAGCUCUUUAGCAAAGAGGAAAAUGCAUGAGGUCAGUUUGUGGGUCACCUCAUAGGCGUGCCCAGCCCGGCAUUUGUCACAGCUGACGGGGUGACGCUGGAAGUGAUAGGAAGAUUGUGCCUGCUUUUAGGUUUGGAUGUGUUCCAGGUCAUUUCCACAGGCACACUAGUCUCCUUAGGUAAGGGGUGGGGAUUGGGAUUUGAUGGCUCUCAAAGGUUGCUGGAAGACAAUAUCCUUACUGCCCAUUGGCCCUACUGGCUGGGGGUUGAUGGACUUUGGGAGUCCAGCAACUUAUAUGGGGGCUACAGGUUCUCCAUCGCUACUUUAGGAACUUAAGAAGCUGCCUUAUAACUAAAUCAUGCCAUUGAUCCACCUUGCUCUGUGCUAUCUCUUUUGGCCAGCAGGGACUCCCCAGAGUUUCAUAGAGGGGUCUUUCCCAGUUUUUUCUGGAAGAUGCAGUCACAAUUUCUAAUGGAUACCAAAAUUUUAAAAAUGAUCGACAUUACAAAAUACAACCAGUCUUGAGUAAAUUGGAAGCCAAACCACAUCCAGACAUUAAUAUUUGUGUUUUCAUUUUGCAUUUUUAUGUUGUGAACCGCCCUUAGAACUUUGGAUGUAGGGUGGUACAUAAACGUAUAAAUAAAGAAGAAUAAAAACAAAUGAGAUACCUAUAGAAAGCAAUCACAUUUCUGAUCAAUAUUAUGCUUAAAAAACACAAAUAAAAGCUGUUUCAAAAUAGAAUAAAAAUGGGCUGUUUGGAAUAAGGAAAAGUGGGACGCCAAACAGUAUUCAAAUAUUUAAUAUGCAUAUACAGUGGUACCUCGCAAGACGAAUGCCUCGCAAGACGAAAAACGCGCAAGACGAAAGAGUUUUCCGUUUUUUGAGUCGUUCCGCAAGACGAAUUUCCCUAUGGGCUUGCUUCGCAAGACGAAAUGUCUUGCGAGUUCUUGCGAGUUUGUUUCCUUUUUCUUAAAGCCGCUAAGCCGCUAAUAGCCGUGCUUCGCAAGAUGAAAAAACCGCAAGACGAAGAGACUCGCGGAACGGAUUAAUUUCGUCUUGCGAGGUACCACUGUAGACUGAAAGGGAGGUGGAACAGCCUCUUCCUGAAAGUUUAGGUAGGUGAUGAGUGGAAAUCAGAUGAAGGAUUAGGAUUAGGAUUCUAUGCUUCUUGGAUCUUGCUUUUAAAUUUCGGCGUCAACAUUAUAUUGGCUUCCUAGAGAACUUCUGCCCUGGGGCAGCUCUAGAAAUCAAGUGGGUAAAUAAAUAUGGGGAAAGCAAAUUGUCAGAGAAGGAUCUGAAAUAUUUUCCUUGAAGCUUGCAUUUGUUUUAUUCUGGAUUGCUUUAUCUGAUGUUUUAAUGUGUUGCAAACUGCUUUGAAAUAUUUUCUUUUAAAAAUAUAAAGCGUUAUGAAAAUGGAAAUAACAAUAAUAAUAAUAAUACAUUUCACUGCAAAAAAAGUUGCCUAGACAUUCCGUUGUAGCCCACACAAUAAGUUUUCUGCUUUUGACAGCAAUUGCAAUGUACUGUGUUAGAUGCUGUAUGACCAUUAAUUGUACAGUGGUUACAUACGCUUCAGGUUACAUACGCUUCAGGUUACAUACGCUUCAGGUUACAUACGCUUCAGGUUACAGACUCCACUAACCCAGAAAUGGUACCUCGGGUUAAGAACUUUGCUUCAGGAUGAGAACAUAAAUCGUGCUCUGGCGGCGUGGCAGCAGCAGGAGUCCCCAUUAGCUAAAGUGGUGCUUCAGGUUAAGAACAGUUUCAGGUUAAGAACGGACCUCCGGAACGAAUUAAGUACUUAAUCCGAGGUACCACUGUAUUUUUGUUGCUUCUUUUAUUUCUUAUAGAUUGUAUUUAUUGUAUGCUGUAGAAUCCAAACUGCAAUACAACGAAGUACAAUAUAAGGAAUAAUAGAAGCAAAAAUCAGACUGAUCUAGUAAAUUAGAUCAGUAGUUGGGAUCCUUUUGAGGGUCUCCCUUGAGAGAGGUUGUGGACUCUCCUUCCUUGGAGGUUUUUAAGCAGAGGUUGGAUGGCCAUCUGUCAUGGAUGAUCUAGUCAAGAUUCCUGCAGUACAGAGGGUUGGGCUAGAUGACCCUUGGAGUCCCUUCCAACUCUACAAGUCUGUGACUCUAUAAUUCUAUUUGAUGAGCCAACAUGACAGUGAUGAGGGACUGAGGGUUGGAGUGAUCAUUCUGUGAUACUAUGGCAGUGGACAAAGCUGCAUUGUAACUUUUGAAUAAACGUGUUUUAAUUAAAACAAAUGAAUCGGUACAGCUGUUUAUGGCAAUGGGUGUGCCAUGUCUGAUCUUCAACCACACAUCCACAAGCACAUUGUAGACCACCUGGAUGUAGCAGUGGUUUGUGGACCAUAAUUUUGAGAACUGCUGCCCAGCAUCUAUUUGCUGUAGCAUUGACAGUUUGCACUGGGCUUAGGUGACUUCCUGCUUACUGGUCAAACACAGCCGGGCAGCUAGCAAUAAACUGAACCGAAGCUCCCUAUGUGGACCUGUGGGAUUGUUCAAAGGUUAAAGGUUAAGCAAAACAACUUUGGCAUCUUGUGCAAUUGGGCAUUGUAUAAUACGACUGAGAAUUUAGCAACAAUGAGCGCUCCUAGCACAGGCAGCAAACUAGAACUUACCUGGCGAGUAUUUUCCAUCAGUGGAAACUAUAGUGCAUUUGAAAUAGCUGCAAUUUAGAUGGCCUCGCGUACCAGCUACUAAUGCGCUUAUAUUGCAUCUCUUGUAGUUUUCAACAAACAUUUGAAGUUUUGACUGAUCCGCUUUGGGUCGUUGCCUGCUAAAUCCUAUCAACAAGUUUGUGUGUUCAAAACAAGCUCCCAUUAACCCUGGGUAAGUACUCAAUGAUGCCUUGAGAUUCAUAUUCCUUUUUGAGAUUACUGUGUUGAUACAUAUGGUGUACUGUAAUAUGCAUUGCUGCCACAGCAAGUAAUGAAAGUUGUGGGCAUUUACAGAAAGGGAACUGAUUGUGUCAGGAGCCCUAGAUCAAAGAAUAGGCCAGGUGGGGAACUGGUGGCCAUUCAGAUGUUGCUACAGUUCCCGUUCUCCCUGACCAUUGGCCAUGCUGGAAGAGGCUGAUGGGAGUUGUAGUCCAGCAAGGGCUGGAUCGCUUGGUUGGGUGCAGCGUGGUGCUGAUAGUGCCAAGGUUGCAGGUUUGAUCCCCAUAAGGGACAGCUGCAUAUUCCUGUAUUGCAGGUGAUUCUCAGGGUCCCUUAAACUCUAUGAUUCUAUGAAAACAUCUGGAAAGGAAAACAUCUGGAAGGUCACAGGUUUCCCACCCCUGGAGUAGGUGGUGAUGCUAUCAGCAGGAAGCAGACUGAGGAGGCUGUUUGUUUUAGGUUUUCUUCAAAAAUUCCUAAGCUGUUCCCAGCCAACAUUUCAGGAAAUUAGUUGAUGGGUGUUGUAGGAGAAAAGUCAGGUGCCAAGCACCCCAGAUCUGUGAUUCUACUCUCAUGGUCUGCUAUUCUAUGGAGGCAACUGGUCUGUCCUCAUUAGCAAGCAAAUAAGUCAAAGGAAUGUGUCUUCUUGCCUCUUGCUCAAUUUUGUACCCAUUGACACUAGGUAAGAGGAUUUGUUCUAACUAGAUAAUGCUUAUGGCUGUGCCUUUUCUGAUUCUGGGACAUUUGCUUGUCCAAGUCAAAUAAAUGAACAGGAGUGGCACUUAGAUAAUAGUAAGCAAUACUUUUUUUUGUUGGCAUCUGUCUGUAACAAAAGUAAAAGCUAUGGACGGUGGCUGUAUAGGCAGCCUAAGAUAAAUACUUUUGCAGUCAAGAGUUAAUAAUCCAUGGAAUAAAAUUUAAUUUAUUUAGGUUGGCCUAAUUGGAAGUUAACCUAUCAAUGUGCAUACUCAGAUGUAACACCAAACUGUGGUUUGGCGUUACAUCAAGGGUAGGGAACCUUUGGCCCUGCAGGUUUUGCGGAAAUACAACUCCCAUCAUCCCUGACCAUUCACCAUGCCUGCUGGGGAUGAUGGGAGUUGUAGUUCAACAACAUCUGGCGGUUUCUAAGGUUCUCUACCCCUGUGUUACAAUGCACAAGCAGAGUCCCCGGGAGCCUCAGGCGCACAUGUUCCCUCGUCCUCCUCCCUUCACAAGCUGCAGUUUCUAAACUGACUUCUUGUUUGUUGGCAAGCCAGAGUUUGUUGUUGCGUUCAAAGGUGGCAAUUUCUGGUUUGCUGUAGUCAUUGUUUACUCUUAAACCAGGAUGCCAGACAACAGUUUGACACUGGUUUGAGAGGCUGAUUGAAGAGCAAAUUAUGGUUUGCGUAUACCAGAGUUUGCCACAUUUUGCUGCAACAGCAAACCAUGGUUUUCCAAGGAGCUUUCUCUGUGUUUUCCUUUAUUCUAAGCAUGCAUAGGAUUGAUACCUUUGCCCAUGGUCCAGGCAGGAAUGUUGCACCAUUCUGCUUGUGCAUGAGAAAGAGAGAUGGGGAACCUGUGGCCACCCAGCCAUUGUCUUGUAGUAUUCUUCCAUUCCCCCCUACUAUAUUGCUCCUUUAGCAAGCCGUUGCUUCUCCUUUUUUACCUUUCGUGAUGGAUUUCACCAAUUCUCAUGGCUUCUUCAUUGCAUGCCGCCUCUGGCAGGCCCACACUUACCUAAAUAAUUGUUUGGCAUUAGUCAGAAGCAUGGAAAAUCUGAAGUAGCCCUGAGCACAGUGGAGUAAUUAUGGACAGAGAGAUGACGCAGUCUCAGGCGAAGAGGUAUUUCUCCUGGCUUUACAGUGCCCUAAGUGGCUGUUGCUUCCUCUUUCCCUUGGGAGUCGGUUCACAGGAAUUUCUUUGCAAGUGGCUCUGCAGUUGGAAGCCUUGCAUUUGUCUUCUACAGUGUGCAGUGAGCACAGUUGCUAGAAGGCAGGAGUGACCAAGGAAGACCUAGGACUCAUGUUAGGGUCUCAGUUAUGAUGCUAAUUUAGGAGGCCUUAAUGAACGCACCAGGGACGCGGGUGGCACUGUGGGUUAAACCACAGAGCCUAGGACUUGCCGAUCAGAAGGUCGGCGGUUCGAAUCCCCAUGACGGGGUGAGUUCCCAUUGUUCGGUCCCUGCUCCUGCCAACCUAGCAGUUUGAAAGCACGUCAAAGUGCAAGUAGAUAAAUAGGUACCGCUCCAGCGGGAAGGUAAACGGUGUUUCCAUGCGCUGCUCUGGUUCGCCAGAAGUGGCUUAGUCAUGCUGGCCACAUGACCCAGAAGCUGUACGCCGGCUCCCUUGGCCAAUAAAGCGAGAUGAGUGCCGCAGCCCCAGAGUCGGCCACGACUGGACCUAAUGGUUAGGGGUCCCUUUACCUUUAAUGAAUGGACCAGUCCUACCCCUGACUUCUCCCAAUUUUCACCAAAUCAUACCUCUCCCCUGCACCCUUUUGAAAACAGUAGCUCAGACGGACCAUUGCAAAAGGGCCAGAUUCCCUCUGAUCCUUUCCUGUCCAAACACUAAACAUGUGGGUUAAACAUCUGAUAAGCAGCCUCAGUAAACAAGUCAGGGAAAGCCUGGAGACCAGGUUGCCUUCUUUGGCUAGACUUGUAGCCUGCCCGAGAGAGACAUUGGGGGGCGGACCAGGUGAGCUGACUGGGAGCAACCCUUACAUAGAGGUUGGAGGGCAAAUCAUGGCCUUGGCUUAUAACCUUAUAUAGCCGUUGUUAGGAAGCCAUUAUAAAAGGUUGUUGGCAUCGGUCUGUCUCAAGAGACCAGGGGUUAGCAAACUUUUUCAGCAGGGGUCCGGUACACUGUCCCUCAGACCUUGUGGGGGGCCAGGCUAUAUUUUGAAAAAAAAUAUGAACGAAUUCCUAUGCCCCACAAAUAACCCAGAGAUGCAUUUUAAAGAAAAGGACACUUUCUAUUCAUGUAAAAACAUGCUGAUUCCUGGACCGUCCGCGGACCAGAUUUAGAAGGCAAUUGGGCUGGAUCCGGCCCCCAGGCCUUAGUUUGCCUACCCAUGCUGUAGAGUGCGCUUCUGGGAGUGAAGUCACACUGUUGCAUUAGUAGCACAGAAGCACUGGGGCGCAAGGCUGGGCUGUGUGUCUGGAGGUCCGGGGCUGCCCUGACAAGACCCCUAGUCUUGGCCUCACUGAGCGAUACGUUUGACACCAGCUUGGCUUCAUGAGUUUUUGGAAGGAGGUGUACAAGACAUCAUCCAGCCGUCUUAGGGACUCCCCUCCAGAUUUGAGAAGGGUUUACUCCUUAGCCUUUCCUUCUCCUGAAGAUAUCUCACAAGGCAGUGGAGGUUUAAGGUCAGAUUUCCCCCCCUUCUAGAUCAGGAAUGUCCAACUUCCAAGAGACUGCGAUCUACUCCCACUAAAAAAAACCUGGCGGUGAUCUACCCAUUGGAUUGACCAAGGUUGUUGAGCUUUUGGGGGGAGCAUUGGUCAGAGUUGUUCAGCAUUUUGGGGGGAGGAAGACCCAAAGUUGUUGAGUUUUAUUGGGGGGUGGGCAAUCGAUCAGGAUCACGCAAUCGACCAGGGAUGAGGGACACCCUGCGAUCGACCAGUAGAUCGCGAUUGACCUGUUGGACAUCCCUGCUCUAGGUGGGCUAGCUUCCCAUGAUGGUCCUCGUCUACCCCUCACUUCCCUCUACAGGACAUGCAGGAAACCCCUUAAACUGAGUAUUUUUUAUUUUAUUUUAUUUUAUAAAAUUUAUUUAUAUUAAUUUAUUAUUUUAUAAAAUAACUACUAUUCCCCCCCUUUAUUAAUGCAUGAGCUAAAGCUAGCCUUCCCCAACCUCUAGAAAUUUUGUACUCCAACUCCCAUCAGCCCCAGCCAACAUGGCCAGUAGUCAAGGUUGAUGGGAUUGGUAGUCCAUCAACAUCUGGCAGGCACUAGGUUGCUGAAGGCUGGGUUUAGGCAAAUGGAAUGUGUUGAUUAUUAUCAAUGACUUGUGCUUCAAUGGGGCGCGGAUUAAUGAGAGCUAUUUUUAGCUUCCACCUCUGCUGUUGGCAAAGGGUGAGGCCUUGAACGAAGAACUGUGUUUGGCCUCAGGCUUCACAUCUAUGCAUUCAGAGAUGAAGAUGUGCAAGUGUCACAGGGUUGUUUGUAAAGGAGGGAUGGCCUUCCAGACGUUGGAUGUUUAAACCUGUGCCACUCCCCCGCCCCCCGAUUCUUUUGGACGCCAUCUUAAAUCAGCUCCAGGCAGCACUUUUGAUUGCCAGGGAUCAGGCCGGGAAUUAUGGGAGUUGUAGUCCAGCUUGUAAGGGGAAACACAGGCCAGUCUGUCUGACACUUCCCAAACGGAAAGUGCUGUGGCAAGUCAUGAGAACCAGUAGCUGCGGUUGUGGAGUUCCUUUGCUUUUAUGUGGUGGAUUGUGAAUUGGUUCUGAAGAGCCACUUUGUGUGCUAAAAAACCACCCUGAUCCUUGAAAUAGUCUGCUCAUAGGAGGGCUGGAAUGUGUGGAGUCGAUGUGGAGAUAAACCCCUCUCCCAAGAUAGUUCAUUUCAUAGAUGUGGAACCACCAGAGCCGGCCCGCCCAUGAGGCGUGGUGGACGACCUGCCUCAAGCACUGGAAGUGAAAGAGGCAGUGCUCCAGCCACCCCACUGCUUCCGCCACUGAGAGGGAGGUGUUCUGGCACAUGGCAUUGCUGCUCAUCUGGAGUGCCCUGGCGGAAGAGUAUGUGUGUGUUUGGUGGGAUGGGGUGGUGGGCAAUUCCUGUUUUGCCUCGGGUGGCAAAAUAGGACGGGCCACCCCUGGGAGCCACUAUCCUCUUUCCACGUCUCCUCUUUCCACAGAAAGACAUUAGGAAGAGCUUUCCGAUGGUUAAGAGCUGUUCAGACUUGCCUUGGAAGGUGGCAGGCUGUCCUCCAUUGGAUAUUUUUAAAUACAGUUUGAAUGUUAGGGAUUCUCCCUCCUGCAUUGGGGGGAGAUGACCUGUUGGGUCCCUUCCCGCUCUACAGUUCUAGGAUUCUAUCUAUCUACUGUUUUGUACAACCUCCCUGCUCUUAUGUAAAACUGUUCACCUGAGUAGACCUCUUCUUCAAGGAGCUCAAGGUGAUGUCCCCCCCCCCCACCGGCUCUCAGUUUUGUCUUCACAAGAACUCUGUGAGGUGGGUUUUAUCCAAGAAGUUCAGGAUGGUAUAUACAUCUACCCUCCUCAUUUAAUUCCCACAACAGCCCUAAGAGGUAGGCUAGGCUGAGGCAAUGGGUGGCCCAAGAGCACUCAGUGGGCUUCCUGGCUGAGUGGAGAUUUGAACCCUGGCCUCCUAGGCUCUAGUCAAACACUCUAACCGUUAAUCCACCUGCUCAAAAACCUAGAUCCUGCUCCAGUCAGGCAGGUAUCAGACAUCAAUAUAAACUUAAUUUCAGUCCAAAUGCCAAAAUAUGUUAUCUCUUAAUGUUUUGCUUUAUCCCAGCUUGCUAGAUGUUCAACAGAGAUUAAGGUGAGGCAAAACAACUAAUGUGUGAGUCAGCGGCAGUGACCUCUGCGUAUUAAAAUAUUUUCUGUCUCUACCAUUUGAUUUUUGUGGAAGAAAAUUAAUUUCUCCCAUAUUCUCAUACUCCAUUUACAAAGAAGAAAAACAAGACACAGGGAUUGAAUCUCAUGUUAGGCAUACACAGAGAUGACUUGUUGAAAUGAGAGGAUAUGAGUAACUUAGGUUUAUUAAUUCCAGUGGGACUACUCUUGAGUAAAACUUAGUUGGCUCCAAUGCAUUUCAUUAUGUAAGAAAGAAUCCUAUUUACUAAAAGUCUGACUAAGUUUCCGGAAAAGAAAAACAUUGUGACACUAUUCCAGUGAAUAUCCUGGUUCUCUUUUCCAGCUUCUUUUGCCUCCGGGUUAAACUCAGUAGUCAGUCAUUUUGCAUAUGCACAACAACAACAAUUAACUCCUGGGUAACUACUAAAGGAAUGUGUGAGUGCUAGUUGCCCGUGUGUCAGGUGGAUGCAUGAUAAUGAAUCAGAUCAUCUUUUUAGUAUCUUUGGGCGGAGAUAGUGUGUUGAGCAAUGGAAGUGGCCCUCAUCCAAAAAAAUUAUUUUGCCAGGGGUUCCAAAAACAACAUCCUGGAAUGUUGUAAGAGUUGUUUGUCUUCGAAGGAUUUUCACAAAACCUUUUAGCCCUUGCCGGACCGGUGUGGCGUGGGAUGUAUUUUCUGUUCCAACUUUUAGCAAGCGGGAGGUUCAAGCUGUACAUGUGCUCAGGAAAUGCAUAAAGAGAAUUGCGCUGGCAUGUUUAGAAACAAGUGGAACACACCCCACCAAUGUAAAUAAAUAAGUUAUUAUAAUGACAACUAACUCCUUCUAAUUAUUCAUUAAACAAUUUACAGUGGUACCUCGGGUUACAUAUGCUUCAGGUUACAUACGCUUCAAGUUACAGACUCCUCUAACCCAGAAAUAGUACCUCGGGUUAAGAACUUUGCUUCAGGAUGAGAACAGAAAUUGUGCUCCGGCGGCGUGGUGGCUGUGGGAGGCCCCAUUAGCUAAAGUGGUGCUUCAGGUUAAGAACAGUUUCAGGUUAAGAACGGACCUCCGAAACGAAUUAAGUAUGUAACCAGAGGUACCACUGUAUUGCAUUUCUACUCCUUUCCUUCAAGAAGACAGGCAUUGCCCUUCCACUAGAUCUUCUUGGCAGUGGUCCCGAUGGGUAGGUUUGACUGAGAGAUAGUGACUUUCGUAGUGUGGUUUGUGACUGUGUGGGAAUUUGAACCUGGGUCUCUCUGCAGUCCUUGCCCACCAUUCUCUAACCACUAAGGAUUACCCUUGAGGGGGUACUGAAAAAUUGGAGAAGGUGGGCAUUUAUUGCAAAAGAAAAUGUUCUUUUGGAGAAACAACAGGAACCUACAGUCGUACCUCAGCUCCCGAAUGCCUUGGGAAUUUAACGUUCCGGCUCCCAAACAAUCGAAAACCGGAAGUGAGUGUUCGGUUUUCGAAUGUUUUUUUAGAAGCCGAACAUCUGGCGUGGCUUCCGCUAUUUUUUCCAGCGUGCUUGUGCAGUCAGAAACCAAUCAGAAGCCGCACCUUGGUUUCUGAACAUUCUGGAAUGGAUUCCGUUCGACUUCCGAGGUACGAUUGUAUUUUGCUUCACAUUCAGAGAUGUAAGGAUUAUCACAUUUCCAACAUUAUAUAAUCUAUUAAUAUUAAAAUUGUAAUAAUAAUAAUAAUAAUAAUAAUAAUAUAGUAAUACUGGGACACGGGUGGCGCUGUGGGUUAAACCACAGAGCCUAGGACUUGCCGAUCAGAAGGUCGGCGGUUCGAAUCCCCGUGAUGGGGUGAGCUCCAGUUACUCGGUCCCAGCUCCUGCCAACCUAGCAGUUCGAAAGCACGUCAAAGUGCAAGUAGAUAAAUAGGUACCGCUGCGGAAAUAAAUAGGUACCCAGAAGCUGUACGCUGGCUCCUUUACCUUUACCUAAUGAUAAUACUGGUAUUAAUUCUAAUGCUGAAACACAUCUUACCUUUAUAAGGUAAAGGGACCCUUGACCAUUAGGUCCAGUCGUGGCCGACUCUGGGGUUGCAGCGCUCAUCUCACUUUACUGGCCGAGGGAGCCGGUGUACAGCUUCCGGGUCAUGUCGCCAGCAUGACUAAGCCGCUUCUGGCAAACCAGAGCAGCACACGGAAACGCCAUUUACCUUCCCGCUGGAGCGGUACCUAUUUAUCUACUUGUACUUUGACGUGCUUUCAGACUGCUAGGUUGGCAGGAGCAGGGAUUGAGCAACGGGAGCUCACCCCGUCACGGGGAUUCAAACUGCCAACCUUCUGAUCGGCAAGUCCUAGGCUCUGUGAUUUAACCGACAGCGCCACCCGUGUCUCUCUUACCUUUAUAGGUAACCAAUAAUUAUGUCUGAGGCCACAUCUGCACCAAUACAUUUAAAGCACUACUGUACUGGUUUGACAGUCCUGCCUUCCCCAAAGAAUCCCAAACCGGAGUGGUGUAGUGGUUAAAUUUUUGACUAAGACCUGGGAGGCCAGGGUUCAAAUCCCCGCUCUGCCAUGAAGCUAUCUGCAGUUGCUAAACUUGGAAGGAUAGGAAUCGUGUGCUAGCCUCCACCCUCCAUUGAAAUGCAAAAGAGAGCGGCCUAACCCCUAAGUUCAUUGAGCUAUGGUUCAUUGAGCUAAAUUCAAUGAGCUAUGGAACGAUCUCUCAAUCUUCCUACACCCUUAUGUAAUCAGGGCAACUUACUGCAAGUCUUUAACCAGCAGUACCAAGAGCCCUGUGCUUGUCUGUCAUCACCCUUACCCCCAAGAACCAAACGUACCCAUUGACUGACGCUUUCCACUUUAAACUGUUUACAGUAAUGAAUUUUACAUUGUUGUUACCUGCCCUAGGUCCUGAUGUUAAAAGGGCUGGUAAUGAAUUCAGUAAAUUAUACCGAUGACGAUAUUGUUCCUCUGGCAUCUCUUUGUUCCAUUGUAAAACUGUGUACAGCAGAUUAUCCUUCUUCUUGUUUCCAGUCACUAUAACUUCUUCUGAACCUGUGAAGUGAGUGUGUUUUGAGGAGAAGUCUUGCUAGCACUCUCAGUGCCCCAUAAGAACUGUCUCAAAACUCUCAGAAGGCCAUUGAAGAAAAGUCCUGCUAUCAAGGCUGUUUAUUUAUUUAGUACAUUUACAUUCCACCUUUUCUUCCAAGAACCUGUACAUGGUUUUCUUCUCUCCCUCCCCCCUUUUAAAAAAAAAUCCUCACAACGAUCUUAUGGGGCAGGUUAGGCUGAGAGGCAGGGACUGUCGGCAUGCAGAGGGCCGGGAGGCCAGGUGGCUAGUCCCAACUGGGCCGUCUCCCUCCAGUCUUCCCGCUUCGAAGACCAUCGGCAUCUGUUCCGAUGUAAACCAGCGACCCAGACUUCAAAGCCAGGCACAAUAUCAGCAGAGCGAACUGCACAUACAGAAUAGGCGUGAGGCUUGCGAAAGCAUACUACAACUACAGAUUUAUUAAUCAUAAAUCAGGACAAAGAAACAUGUCUCUCUCUCUCGUCUUCUGAGAUAGAACAGGAUAAGCAAAAGCUAUACACGCAACGGAAGUUCCCAGCAAGCUGUGCUGGAAUGUAAACAGACAUGUGACGUGCAACAGUUCCACACGUCUGCUCCUUAGGGUGGAAUAGAAAUGUUAACAGGGACUGUCCCAAGAUCACACAGCAAGCUGCAUGGCUGAGUGGGGAUUCAAACCCUGGUCUCCCGGGCCAUAAUCCAACCAUCCAGAGAUGGAAACUAACCGGGUGCCAGUCACGUUUCACGACAGGCCCAAGCAGCCUUUUGCAAGGAGUUGGAGAUGUCUGGUCGCCACAUUUUGGCCACUAGCAUCUCCAUCUGGCUAGCUGGUGCAGCUGCCAGGCAGCUGGCUUGUGGGGCAGCAUGGCACCAAAUGAAACACACCUUUUGGUUCUGUGCAAGCCAACCAAUUUGCACAGGAGCUCGGCCCCCAAAGACAGCUGCACAGAUCAGCUGGUCUGUGGGGCACCUAGGCAUUCUGUUGUGGUGACUGAAGCCGAGGUUUAAGUUGCCAUUUGGCUCCCAGCUUUUAAACCUCAGUUUCUAACACUCUAACCAUCAGACCACACACUGUCUCUCGCAUCUUGUUUUUCAGCAUAGCCAACCAGAUGCCUCUGAGAAGCCUAGGAGAGCCAGUGUGGUGUAGUGGUUAAGAGCAAUAGACUCGUGAUCUGGGGAACCGGGUUCGCGUCUCCGCUCCUCCACAUGCAGCUGCUGGGUGACCUUGGGCCAGUCACACUUCUCUGAAGUCUCUCAGCCCCACUCACCUCACAGAGUGUUUGUCGUUGGGGAGGAAGGGAAAGGAGAAUGUUAGCCGCUUUGAGACUCCUAAGGGUAGUGAUAAAGCGGGAUAUCAAAUCCAAACUCUAUAGGCAGGAUAUUUCUGCCUAGCAGAUCCCUUUUACUGCGUGCUAAGAAUGUCCAAUACCCAUUUCCUAGAUCUGCAUACUUUUUGAGAGCCGACCUGCAGGGCAGCUUUGUGCCUUGGCUUUGCUCCUGGAAAACCCUGACUUAAUGCCUACACACCAGACUCUUACAGCAGAGCUUUCCAAAAUGUAUGUUGGCUGCAUUGUGCAGGUGUGUCGCAAGAACACUCCCCAUGCACCUCCCAGGGCUGGAAAGGGGUUAGUUUAACCCAGGCAUAGGCAAACCCAGCCCUCCAAGAUGUUUUGGGACUACAACUCCCAUGAUCCCUAGCUAACAGGACCAAUGGUCAGAGAUGAUGGGAACUGUAGUCCCAAAACAUCUGGAAGGCUGAGUUUGCCUAUGCCUAGUUUAACCUGUGGUUUGCUAGUAAAACUGAAUUACCGUGUCACAAAAUGGUGCAUGUCUAAAAAGUGCGUCACCAACAUGAAAAGUUUGGAAAGCUCUGUCUUACAGGAAUAUAAAUGUCUGCUGCCUUCAUCUCCCCUACUUGUGCUGGACCCCUGAAGAGGCGCCAAACAACAGAAUCAACAGCCUUCUCAUUUGUUGCUCUUAGCCAUUUCUCGGCGCAACACCCGUGACUUUAUUUUAAGCCUCUGUUUUCCUAUGCUGUUCUUUCGACUUCAUUAACUCCUGCACCCAGCUGCAAAUGGGCAAGAGUGUGCUUGAUCCCUUCAGAGCUUGUUACUAAGUACACAUGCAUUAAGCCAGCAUUUGCAAAGAGCACAACAGAAGACUCAUGCAGAAAACCUUUCUGCCCUGCCCAAAUUGCCAUGUAGCUUGAAAAACAGUUGAUCAGUAUUUAAAGUGGCCUAUUCCCAGCCUCGUCUGAUGUUGAAAGGAAGCCCCAUUAUGUGGUUUUCCCUAAGAAAGUUGCAAAACUGUGAAAAGUUUCUUCUUUUGAUGAUUGCUUCAGGCUUUGUCUGGGCGCACGCUGAGCUUCCUGAUUCUCAACUUUGGGCAAUGGGAUAAGAAUACUGAGGAAGGAAAUGCAUUGUCCCGUAUUUUCUUAAAGAUUGUGAGUUAUUUUGGAAUUGCCAAAAUGUUACAUAAGUUUCUUCCACCAUUAAAUAAUAAAACAGUAAAUUGGUUGCCACAUCUCAGCGUGCAGAGUCCUGUUUCAUUUUCAUUUUUUGCAGCAGAAAGUGUCACUGUCAGCACACCCUUGGAAAUUCCUUCCUGAUCCUGGAGGAUUUUUUUUUGGGGGGGGGAACAUGCUAACUCUAGGCUGCCCAAGGUUGUGUCGAUCAGUUAUAUGUAAGCAGUGCGGGGUUUUGCACCAUGUAAACUCGCUUUUUAAAUGACCUUCCUUAAACUGAGUAAAUUCAGUUCAUUAUUAUGAAUGAGGGAAGUGGCUUCUUGGAAAUGUUCUCAUCGGUGGUCAAGGGAGAAACAGCCACCUAAAAGAUGCUUUUUAACAGCACGGCUUUAGCAGGAGCAUGGAAUGAAAUUUGAGAAGUAGUUUGGCUCUAGAAAUCCUAUAAAGUGGCAGAGUUGCUCUCUCUCUUCCUCCCCUGAACCUCAUAGUGCCUGUGACCUCCCAUAAGGAGUAGAUCCUGCCACAGUUCAAGGAACAAGUUUUUUUCUCAGCAAUGCACCUUACCUUAUGUCAGAGAACCAUAGUUAACUUCCACAAGCAGAACACGACAGAAGAGGCUGUAGAAAGGUACAGGGAAGGCUUAAUUAAGCACACCUCUUGAAGACCCUUGCAAGGCUAAUGCAAUUUUAGGCUGCAUUAAUAAGACCAUCAGGAAGCUCUUCCAGUGCUUGACCCAAAUCUACCCUUCUAUUAGACCUGACCCUGUCCUCUGGGGCACAAGGGAACAAGUCUGUGCCCUCUUCUGUGUGUCAACCAUGCAGCUAUUUGAAGAAUGCCGUCAUGUUCCUCCUUCAACCUUUCCUUCUCCAGGCUAAAGAUACUCAGUUCUUUCCAUUGUUGCUCAUAAGAAUUGCUUUCCGUUGCCCUGCUUGUUGUUGUUGCCUUCCUCUGAACCCCUUUCAAUUUGGACAAAAGUAUCACAUUCAAUACAGCUCAGUAGUAGUAGUAGUUUUUGUUGUUGUUAAUCCAUUUUCAGUGUUAAUUACUUAGGCUUGCCACUUUUAUUUUUUAGAAAGACUUCACAUGCAGUUUGCAAGAUGACGCCAAAGCAUGAAAAACAGGUAAGUGCCUCAAUUUGUGUGUGUGUUGCUUUCUUAGUUUGGAAGGGGGUGUUUUCCUAGAAAUAUGGAACUUUGUUUUAUACUACUAAAAGCAGAAAUGUUCUACAAAAAUGCUUCUGCGUUGAUCAGCCACUAUUCAGCGAACAGCUUUCACCUUGGGUGUGACUAUAUCACCAACCAGCACUGAGUAAACAGGGCAGCUUAUAUCUGGGGUAGCAUCUUAGGAGACGAAGUAGGUUGUGUAAUUGCUGGAAUGAAGAGAUGGCAGAAAUAGUCCCCCUGGCUUGUAUGUUGUAAUGCGGCGCAUGGGGGAAGUCCCAAGUAUCUGGCUCUUUUGCAAGCAGGGGUCACAACAAAAGACAAUUCUGCUGACAUAGGCUGUUCCUCAGUGCUUGGAAGCAAGUUUGGGAGACCUUUGACCUUUCAGAUGCUGCUGAACUACAGCUCUCAUCAUCCCUGGGCAUUGGCCAUGGUCGCUGAGGUUGAUGGAAGUUGUAGUUCAGGACAGCCAAAGGUUCCCCACCUCUGGCUUAUAAGAGCCAUGUGUACAGACUGGCUCCUAGACAGGAGCUGACGCCUGCUACGCUCCUCCUUGGUCCUUUUAGCUCGGCGUGACAUGGCAGCUAAGCCAAGGUUAGACUCAGAGUGUCAUCCAACCUAAGGAUUGUGGUUAAGGAGGGGAGACCUUAACUGCGAUCCCAGAUUCUUGGAUCUCGUACUAAGCCAACCUUUGGCUCAGCUGCUAUGCUGUGUUGAGCUAAAAGGACCAGUGAUGGGAGCGAGCCAGCAGUAAAUUACACCAAGUUGGAGUUAACCAUUAGCAAAAACAGGAUCUGCACAGGAGGGUUAGGCCUAAUGAGCACAGCAGCUCAUCUCCAGCAGGACUUGCCCCUCAAGCAGUUGUGGAGACUGAAGGUGCCCGACUUCCCACAGCUGCUUAACUCCCCUCCUCUUCAGGGUUUUCCCCACCCAAGCAAUCUGAGAUUGCGCCUCUGUGAAGCUAGCAUCUCAGCUCUUUUCAUGCCUCUCCUGGUUCUGUGAGACGAGGGGGGCUUGUUGCAGCAGGAGGGAGAGACACAUGUGCCUCUUCCCCAGACAGCCUCUUCUCUGCCUCUUGGCUUCCCUCCUUUCCUCCUUCUCAUUCUGGACUUCUCUCUGCCGCAGACUUUCCCCCCACUCAGUAAACCCAGCUACCUCUUCAGCUUCCGACACCACCUCCUCCCAGUCUGCUCCCGCUUCUCCCUCUGACCACUCAUUGCUGUCCCACCACCAUUCCCCGAGCUCUGAGCCUUCGCCAGCUGGUUUCUCUGCAUCCAACCAGUCCGUGACAACCAGGGAGGAGCAAAUGGGCUGCAAACUCCUCCCCCAGGACCUAGCUCAUUCACACUGAGCCAUGGUUUAGUGUGAGACAGUAGUUGUGUUCACACUAAACCAUGAUUUGGCGUGAACACAACUACUGUCUCACAGCCUAAUGCAUCUCAAAGGAUUGUGAAGAUGAAAGAGGAUGCCGUGCAUAUCACAUCAAACUCCUUAGGGGAGAUAUUGUCAAUGAAUGCAUCUCAUGGUUCUGCACAAUCACGGCAUGUGCACCCUCUGGCUUAUCCUGAGUCAGGCCGUUCAUUCACGUAGAUCAGCGCUGUUUCCAUUGAUUGACAGAGGGUCUGUAGUUCCUAGAACGAGGUCAUUCUCAGCUUGACUUCUUAACAUCCUGCUAACUGGAGACUAGGGGGGCUGAGUGUGUGCUCUCCCACUGAUCGGCGGCCCUCCUAAUUGUCGCCAACAUUGCUCUCACAUGGGCUUUAACGAAGAGGAAAUCGGGAGCUUCGUUUCUCUCGUCAAAACAAUUUUGUGUGUGCAAAUAAGCCCACAAGGAGGGAGUCCCAAGUUGCCCUUGUUAAAUGUUUGGGGCCAGGCAACAGCCAACAGCCUUUAAAAUGCAGAACCCCUGUUACAUUAUUGCUGAUGGAUCUUCCCAUUAAAAAGGCAUUGGAAUCGAGGCACAGUGGCAUUAAGAAGAAUUUGUAGUUCAUUCAUGCAAGCAGCAAAUGUAGAAAUAAUACGUAUAUAUAUGGGCCUGGUGUUGUUGUUUUUUUAAUGAGCCCAAACCAAACGGACAUUUAGGUUCAAUGAGACAGAACCAAAAUCACAUGCUGCUAAUGGCAAAUAAUGUGGUUAUAAUUGUAUACGGAGCGACACCUUGAUGUUUCUGAGCAUCUUUAGGGCUAAUGUUAGGAACAUAGCAAUGCCAGUUUAUUGUGAGCUGUUGAUUCAGUGAAUGAAAGUUAGAAUGAAAAACUGCUGUCUGUCUUUUAAAGUGGGUGGGGAUCUCGGGCCCCAGGUCCUCUCCAAGCCACACGUUGAGACCCGCUCAUAACCACAGCUCCUUUCUAGCCAGUAUACCUGUAGGAGUGUCUCCACCCCCAUCGUUCAGCCUGGACACUGAAGUCCAGCUCUGAGGGCCUUCUGGCGGUUCCCUCCCUGUGAGAAGUGAGAUUACAGGGAACCAGGCAGAGGGCAUUCUCAGUGGUGGCGCCUGCCCUGUGGAACGCCCUCCCACCAGAUGUCAAGGAAAUAAACAACUAUCUGUCUUUUAGAAGACAUAUGAAGGCAGCCCUGUUUAGGGAAGUUUUAAAUGUUUGAUAUUUUAUUGUAUUUUAAUUUUUUUGUUGGAAGCCGCCCAGAAUGGCUGAGGAAACGCAGCCAGAAGGGCUGGGUAUAAAUAAUAAAUUAUUAUUAUUGCCACACCCCUCCCUCCCAGCCUUUCCGCCCUCUGAGUGUUUUUGCUUGAUUGAAAUGUCUCCUUGAACUCAUGCUUCUUGCUUGUCUGGCAGGAAGAUAAGAGAGAGUCAUAGGACCUCAUAAGAGAGAGUCGUAAAAACAAACCUACCAAGGUGAAAUUUACAUUUUCUGACCCUUGCUUCUGGCUCUGGCCCCCAGAAUGUCGUCAAGGCAACACAGUCCCCAGGCUGCAAAAGAUUACUGUAUUUUGAGGGAAGCAGGAAUUUUUAACUUUCGCUUUUCAUUUAAGGUCCUGCUCAUUACUGGCAAGCUUGUGAGGAAAUAAUUGACAUGGAAUCCACAAAUGGAGUUGCUCUUUGUACAGCAGGUGUAGUUUGGGGAAGUUAGCAAAUUUGAAAAUUGCCUGAGAGAUGGGUUGCCACUUCUCCAAUCCAUUUCAGUGGCCUGCUGCUUACGGUAGUAGCUGGCCAGUCCACUUCCCCUCUGCUCUACUGUUCUCACACCGCAUCCCCCAAUAUAUUGACCUCCAAUUGGUGACAUGCUAGGCUUUCCACACACCCCGCUCCUUGCCCACUUUUUUUGUAGAGAAACACCCCUUGGCUUGAUUGGGAAUUAGGCUCGGUAAACAGGAAGACAAGAAAAAGUAAAUAGUUUGGAUUGCUCCAGAUUGUGCCUCCAGCGAUCUUAGGAGUGCGCUGAAGUCUGCACAUUUUCUCUUUUUUAAAAAUAUAUUUUUAUUAAAGAUUUCUUAGUUUACAAAAAUACGUGCAUUGUCUUUUUUUUCAAGUUGUGUUUUCUACAGAUCAGUUUUGUUUGUAGUGAGACAUUAGUGUUGCAUGCAGUAUUAGGUUAGGAAGAAAAGAGGGCGAGGGUGGGGAAUGGGAGUGGGAUCAAGUAGUUACGCUUCUAUUCUUCUGCUUAGUGUAUGUGUGGGGUCUUGUGUAAGCAUCACUUGUAUGCGUUCUCUUACUACUGUAUUCACUUGUUAUAUUUCCUUGGUGGUGAGAGAGGUUGGGGGUGGCCAAGGGUAUGGUUGGUUGUCUUUGGUUGGCUGUAGUGAGAUUUGUUUUUGUGUGUGAGUGGGAGUGUGUGUGUAUUUUUGGAUCAGGUUAGCCAUAUUGAUUCGCAUGCUAUCGACAGAUUCUUUGUUGUCUUGUUGGGCUAUGUAUGUGAUAAAGGGGAACCAUACUGGAGUGAAGGCGUCGUCUUCUAUUUGUCCCCGUAUCAGUUUCGGUUUACAGUCGUACCUUGGUUCUCAAACGCCUUGUGACUUGAACGUUUUGGCUCCCGAACGCCACAAACCCGGAAGUGAGUGUUCCGGUUUGCGAACUUUCUUUGGAACCCGAACGUCCGGCGCGGCUUCCAUGGCUUCCGAGUGAGUGCAUGAAGCUCCUGCAGCCAAUCGGAAGCUGUGCUUUGGUUUUCGAAUGUUUUCGGAAGUCAAACAGACUUCCAGAAUGGAUUCCGUUCAAGAACCAAGGUACAGUGGUACCUUGGGUUACAUACGCUUCAGGUUACAGACUCCACUAACCCAGAAAUAGUACCUCGGGUUAAGAACUUUGCUUCAGGAUGAGAACAGAAAUCAUGCUGCGGGGGCAGCAGGAGGCCCCAUUAGGUAAAGCGGUGCUUCAGGUUAAGAACAGUUUCAGGUUAAGAACGGACCUCUGGAACGAAUUAAGUACUUAAACCGAGGUACCACUGUACGGCUGUAUUGGUUAAUUUUUCCAAUAAGGCUGUUUCCCAUACUAUUUGAUACUAUUCGUCCAUGCUUAACUCCUGACGGGUCUCUCCAGUGUCUGACUAUGAUGCUUCUGGCUGCUGAGAGUAGGUGGGUUAUGAGCUCUUUAUAAUGUGAGUGGGCAUUAUUAUCUUGGAAGGUGUUUAGUAGGGCCCAUUCUGGGGUGACUUCUAAUACUUGCUUAGUUAUCUUGCAUAUUUCUUGUAUGACUGAUGUCCAGAAGAGUUGGAUUUCAGGACACUCCCACCACAUGUGGAGGUAUGUGCCUGUGGAGGUGCAUCCUCUCCUGGAGUCUGCACAUUUUCUAACUGGCUGCCAAUCAUCCAAAAUCUGACUAAGAGUUUUCCGGUUUCUGGAGCCUGCCUUGUGCUGUCCCUUCCGCUGACCUGGCCACCACUCUGUUCUGUCCCUGAUGUGUCUCCCUACUAUGGCAGUACUGCAGCAGGUGGCAGGGAAAUGUAAUUUUCCCAGGGCUCCUGAUGUCUAUCAGGGCCUGGGGAAAUUAUAUUUUUCAGGGUACCAAAAGCUAGGCUUCUUGGUGUGGCCUCAGUUGGCAGAGAAUAACUUCUCCUGGCUACCCAAAAGUUUCAUAUCUGAGUCGUUUUGAACUUGGGUCUGCUCAAUUCAUGUGCAUAACUCUGGCCAUUAUUAUAUCUCUUCAGCUGCUAGGGGAAGAUAAGGAGGCAGCUAGUUCUGAUUUUCCCCAUUGCUAAUUGUUUCUCAGAUUACUCAGUAGUUUGUAGCUCCAUGAAUCUGCAAAACACAAGUCUAUGUAUCAUCUAUUGUUUCCUUCUUUCUUCCAUUUCUUAUAAUGCUUACUCACUGCAAAUUUAAUAUUCUUCCUGGUAUUAUUUUUCUGGUCUGUGUGUAUAUGUAUAUAUAUAUAUCCAUAGAAUACUAAUUUUAACAUUCUAGUCCAGUGUUUCCCAAACUUUGGCCUCCAGCUGUUUUUGGACUACAAUGCCCAUCAUCCCUGACCACUGGUCCUGCUAGCUAGGGAUGUAGUCCAAAAACAGCUGAGGACUCAGGUUUGCAAAACACUGUUCUAGAUUGUCACUUAGCUGUUAUUGCUGCUUAUAGUCAUAGAUCAGCACUGAGGAACCUGUGUGGCCCUCCAGAUAUUGUUGGACUACAACUCCCAUCAUCCCUGGCUAGGACUGUUAGGAGAAGGAGAGCCAUUUCCCCCCCACACCUCUGCAUCUCUGCCAUAGAUGCAUAAUCAUGUAGAGAGCUCCUCAGCGAAAGUGUGUGUUGCUCUGAGUGCUUGUUCUAGAACAUGGGUUUUCUCGAAGCACAGAAUGGCAACCAUCUUUCUCUCCAUCCCUUCAUGGAUUUCACAGCCUUGCUAAAAUCAUUGUAGCAAUAGUGGGAAUAGUGUGCUAACCUCUAUUUCCUUAGAAGACUGGGGAAGCAAGGCUGGAGGGGAAUUCCUCUUGAGUAACAAAGAAUUUAAAAUACCACCUCACUUCUGCCCCCUCUCCCGAUUUGGGUACCGCUGAUUGCCACCAUUCAGUUCAUUUGCAAAACCUCAUUUUUAUAUUAGGUACUGUAAUUUAUGGCAAAUAAAACAAUCAACCAAGGUAAUGCAAAUAUAUUCUGUAUUCAUUUUACGAAAACAUUCUAGCUGAGUUUUUUGUGCCAAGUGUACUUAAGGUUAGAGAACCAGUUUGAUGUAGCUGUUAGUGCUGGACUAGGACCUGGGAAUGCAGGGUUCAAAUCCUUCUCAGCCAUGAAGUGAGCCAGCCAUUAUCUCUCAGCUGAACCUAUCUCUCAGGGUUAUUGUGAGGAGAAAAUGAGGAGGGUGAAGAGCCAUGUACACCAUCUUGAGCUGACUGGAGUAAAGGUGGGAUAUCAAUGUAAUACUAACACAACCUGUGGCACCGGUCCUGAAAGACCUACAUUGGCUCCCAGUACGUUUCCGAGCACAAUUCAAAGUGUUGGUGCUGACCUUUAAAGCCCUAAAUGGCCUCGGCCCAGUAUACCUGAAGGAGCGUCUCUGCCCCCAUCGUUCAGCCCGGACACUGAGGUCCAGCUCUGAGGGCCUUCUGGCGGUUUCCUCACUGCGAGAAGUGAGGUUACAGGGAACCAGGGGUAGUGGCGCCUGCCCUGUGGAAUGCCCUCCCAUCAGAUGUCAAGAAAAUAAACAACUGUCAGACUUUUAGAAGACACCCGAAGGCAGCCCUGUUUAUGGAAGUUUUUAAUGUUUGAUGUUGUCACUUUUCUAUUAUUAAUAUUCUGUUGGGAGUCACCUAGAGUGGCUGGGGAUACCCAGCCAGAUGGGCGGGGUAUAAAUAAAUAAAUAAAUAAAUCAUAGUGUGUCUGGCUGUUAACGAGAAGGUUGGUGGGUCAAGUCCAUCCAGGGACGGCUGUGGGUAGGAUUCCUGCAUUGUGCACGGGGUUGGACUAGAUGACCCUUGAGGUCCCUUUCAACUCUUCAAGUCUAUGAUUCUAGGAACAUCUUAGAAAUCAUUUCCUUCGUGCUUAAACUGGCCUCCUGCAGUUUGGUCAAACUCAUGCUGGUAGCUGCGAGAACACUGUCCAACCACCUCGUCCUCUGUCGUCCCCUCCUCCUUGUGCCCUCCAUCUUUUCCAGCAUCAGGGUCUUUUCCAGGGAGUCUUCUCUUCUCAUGAGGUGGCCAAAGUAUUGGAGCCUCAGCUUCAGGAUCUGUCCUUCCAGUGAGCACUCAGGGCUGAUUUCCUUCAGAAAGGAUAGGCUUGAUCUUCUUGCAGUCCAUGGGACUAGGUGCCUCAAAAGCUAUUUCUUUGGGUUUUAUUGCUGCCCAGACUCACUUGGCUGCUCUUCUGGAAAUCUCUUUCAUGUAUCUGGUGAAAGGAGGUUGUUGCUUUGGUUAAUCUCUUGAGAAGCCACAACAAUCCUUUGCUGCUCAUACUGUGCACACUUCUAGAAUUCGCUCCCACAGUAAACAGUGACGGCCACCAGCUUGGACAGCUUUGAAAGAAUUUUAUCUCACGGAAGAUAAGAUGUUCAGUGAUGUAUACUAGUAGUAGACACUGCUAAAAUUUGGGGUUGGCUUUUACAGCCCAACUCUCCAUCAAAGGAUUUAAGUGUCCCCUACGUCCAUUAUCUUUAUUUUGCAAUAGAGUUCCCCCGCCCCCUUGCAAGGAGGCGAAGACACCGAACAAAGGUGUGCAAUAAAAUUAUUAUUAUUAUUAUUAUUAUUAUUAUUAUUAUUAUUAUUGAGUUUUAAAGACUUUAGAAAUUGCCCAGCCCCUUCACCAAAGACCACCCAAAGCAUCACACAUGUUACAGAAAGAGGCAAGCUACAACAGUUUAAUAAUAGUAUUAUUUAUAUGCCGCCCAUCUGACUGGAUUGUCCCAGCCACUCUGUUUUUUUUAAAUAAUAUUUAUUACUUUUCAAAAAAUGUAAACACUAAAAAGACAAUACAAUACAAUACAUUAAAACAAAAACAAUAAAAUAAACAAUAAAAUAAAAAAACAAUAAAAUAAAUCAAACAAUUUAAUUCUCCCAUCUUUCAUUCACUUAUUUCCACGACCUCCUCACACCUCCCUUUUUGUAUUUCACUUCUGUUAAUUAUUUCAGCAAUGCAAUUCCAUCUUCCUCUGUUUUCUAUCCUAUAAUUAUCUUAGCUCAUUCUAACCUUAUUUUUUCCUUUAAUACUCUAUUAAUCUAUUUAUACUUAAUUCCUUAUAACAUUUCUACUAAAGCCAUGUAACUUCAUUCCAACUUUUUUCUAACAUUCAUUAAUUUUACAGUAUUUCUGUAAAUAGUCUUUAAAUUUUUUCCAGUCUUCUUCCACCGACUCUUCUCCCUGGUCUCGGAUUCUGCCAGUCAUUUCCACCAGUUCCAUAUAGCCCAUCAACUUCAUCUGCCAUUCUUCCCGGGUGGGUAAAUCUUGUGUCUUCCAAUAUUUUGCGAUGAGUAUGCUUGCUGCUGUGUUGCAUACAUAAAAAAAGUUCUAUCCUUCUUUGACACCAAUUGGCCGACCAUGCCCAGGAGAAAGGCCUCUGGUUUCUUCAGAAAGGUAUAUUUGAAUACCUUUUUCAUUUCAUUAUAAAUCAUCUCCCAGAAUGUCUUAAUCCUUGGGCAUGUCCACCAAAGGUGAAAGAAUGUACCUUCAGUCUCAUUACAUUUCCAACAUUUAUUGUCGGGCAAAUGGUAAAUUUUUGCAAGCUUGACUGGUGUCAUGUACCACCUAUAAAUCAUUUUCAUUAAGUUUUCUCUUAGUUUUCUCUUACAUGCCGUAAAUUUCAUACCUGUGGUCCUUAACUGUUCCCAGUCAGCCAUCAUUAUGUUAUGUCCAACAUCUUGUGCCCAUUUAAUCAUAGCUGAUUUCACUGUUUCAUCCUGAGUGUUCCAUUCCAACAGCAAGUUAUACAUUUUUGACAAAUUCUUAAUUUUGGAAUCUAACAAUUCUGUUUCCAAUUUUGAUUUUUCCACCUGGAAACCAACCUUUUUGUCCAAAUUGUAUGCCUCCAUUAUUUGAUAAUAAUGGAGCCAAUCUCGCACUUUAUUUUUCAAUUUUUCAAAGCUCUGUGUCCCAGCCACUCUGGGCGGCUUCCCACAAAAAACAGUAAAACACAAUACAAAAUCAAGCAUUAAAAUCUUCCCUGAAAUUUGAGAUUGUAGCUUGUCGCAUGUCUGACAAGAUCAGUCAGGAUAAUGGUCACUGAUUUCAUUACCUGGCCAAAGCGGCCAUUCUUUUGAGAUGGUAAAUACCUUAGUUCUUGAAUCCAGAUCACAGACCUGCCCUGUUCAUACACAAAAUAUACCCUCAAGAGACAGGAUUUAUAAGGGAAAAGAAGCACUAGGAGAGCUUUUCCCAGUCUAUUUCCUUGGCCAGAGGAAAUAUUUGGGGUUGUUAAGAGUCAAGAUGACGUCAGGAUUCCUCUCCUGUGGUAUUUGAGACUUGUGGUUUAUAUACAUAUGUAAGUGUGUUUACCCUGUGCACUUAGGAUCACUUGUUUUAUAUUUGAGACCUUAGAAUUCUUAGAACAACUGAGUACCAGUUGCUGGAAAUUACAAGUGAGGGAAAUGCUUUUGCGCCCAGGUCCUGCUCCCAGACUUCCUGAGAAGCACAUUUCCUGACCCUAAGCACGUUUACUAGGGUAUAAGCCCUUUUAAACAUAGUAGGACUUCCUUCUGUGUAAACGUGUGUAGGAUUUUGCUGUAAAAUUGUAUUUCUAAAGAAGGCAGUCUUUUUUUUUUUUUUUAAAGAAAAGGUAGAUGUGUUGCUUGUUUAAGCACUGGAUAUGGGAGAGUGAGAAGGACAAAGGAUCAAGGUAAGAGAGAAAGCGGAGAGAGAGGGUAAAUACAGACACAAAAAGCUGCCCAGCCUACCAGCAAUAAAAACAACAGGUACGAAAGAAAAAAUACCUAGCUAGGGCCCUUUGAAAUGAAAUGGGGAAAUUCCCAGGAGAAAAUCCCUCUGUGUGUUUUUCCAUAAUGUGUUACCUGGUGUGGUUUCCUGCAUUUUUCAACUCAAGCUAAAACUUCAUACAGCAAUAGCGAAGGUUGGCAAGUGGUGUUGGGGUCUUCCUCUGGAGGGUGAAGGCACUGCCUGUCUAGGAAGGCAAAGGCUGGCUGCGCUUCUUCUGCUCUAUGGUUUGUUCUCUAGGAUGCAGUUGUGGUCGGGUGCCAGUGCUCGCCUGAUCGUCCCAUCACUGGCGUCACUGUAUCUUAACCGGGAGGUGGAGGAACGAGGUGGCAGCAGGGUCCGUGUUGUUCCCUGUCUCUUGGGUAAGGCAUAGCAACUCCCAUGAUGGGAGGUCAGGUAAGGGGGAAGAGUGUUGUGCAAAAACAGAGCUGUUAUAAGUUGUAUAUAAGUCAUAAGCCAAAGCAUUGCCCAUUACAGUGGAACCUCGGUUUUCGACUUUCUGGGAAGCUGAUCAAUUUGGAACACGAACACCAAAAACCCAGAAGUAAUCUCUUCCGUUUUUGAAUGCGCCUUGGAAGUCGAAUGGCAUCCACUGCGUGUUUUUCCAUUUUUUCAAUGGAUUAGGCUUUAAGCUAACAUUUAAAUUGCUUUUUUUAUUUGAAAAGCAAAAUACCUUUCUUUCUUUCUCUCUCUCUCUCUCUCUCUCUCUCUCUCUCUCUCUCUCUUUCUUUUCGUUGUGCUGGGGAAAAGGCAUAGAAGCCUUUGACAGUGUUCUGGUUUAUCAUGUAAAUAAAAGUUGAAUUUCCCCUCUUGCUUCACCUGGACUUUCCCUUUAGAUAGUGAAGCCAGAUCAUUUAAAUAAAAUGGUUGGGCCUGCCAUGAUUAACUGAAAGUCUGUGGCCUCCAGGCAAAGGUUUCGUUUGAUCUCCUGCCCCGCACCCACACACAUCCCAAUUAUCUUUUGUUUUCUUCAAUGAGGCAAUUUGUGGGUGAGCAAUUAUAUCCACAAACUGGUAGGUUUGAGCACUAAACUCAAAGCUCAAAGAACGGACUUCGCCCUGAUAUGAGAAUCUGAACAAUGUUUUCAUGCGCUGAAAGGAAUCUGUUUUUCACUGGGUUUUUCUCAAACUGUGGCACGGAAAGGUGUGUGGGGAUGGAAACCCAGAGGGGAAUGGUAGCAUCUAGAACAGGCAUAGGCAAACUUGCCCCUCCAGAUGUUUUGGGACUACAACUCCCAUCAUCCCUAACUAACAGGACCAGUGGUCAGGGAUGAUGAGAAUUGUAGUCUCAAAACAUCUGGAGGGCUGAGUUUGCCUGUGCCUGAUCUAGAAGCAGAUGGUGCCUUACCCCUCCAAGACCUCUGUAAAUUUCAACGGAAUUUAUAUUUCCCUUUCCUGGGGAACUGCCUCUGUACCAGCCUCUUACUUGCUCACAGGAGCUGAGAUGGCUUUUCACCAAAGAGACUAAAUUCUGUACAGUUGAUGGAGUUUAACAAAUGUUAUGGAGUUCAGUAUGGGCCGGCUCAGCAUUGCCAUUCUAGAUCACCAAAGGUAGAGGAUCUGGUAUGCUUUUUAUUGGAGUGUCCUUUCUAUUUAGAUCUGAGGAUCUGCUACCUUGAGCCCCUUAGUGUUGGAAUUACUAAUAACAGCUCUCCUUUCAGCAUUCAUUCUGUAUUUUUAUCUUGUGGACUGCUUUGAGAUCUUCGGAUGACGGGUGAUCUAUGAAUCAUCAUUAUCAUCAAUGUGUAUUGGCCAGAGAAGAUUAUUAUGCGACAUUUAGGACUGUGAAAUUUGUUCCAUUGGCUGUAGGGAGGCGGAAGACACUUGCCAUUUGAGAUGAUAAUGAAUGUUAAUACAUGUUGAGCAGUAGUAAUGGAAUAAUUUUAAUGAUAUUUCAGUAUGGUUCAAAGUAUUUUGCAUGCACCUGCUUUGUUGUUGCUGUUUUAAUGGUUUGUGUGAACGGCCUUAUUGACUUAAUGAGCAAUAAGCUUUGUGAAUCAGAGCAUACAGUGUGGGUGGCACUGUGGUCUAAACCACUGAGCCUCUUGGCUUGCCGAUCAGAAGGUCGGCGGUUCAAAUUUCUAUGACGGGGUGAGCUCCCGUUGCUCUAUCCCAGCUCCUGCCAACCUAGCAGUUUGAAAGCACGCCAGUGCAAGUAGAUAAAUAGGUACCGCUGUGGUGGGAAGGUAAACAGUGUUUCUGCGUGCUCUGGUUUCUGUCACGGUGUUCCGUUGCGCCAUAAGUGGUUUAAUCAUGCUGGCCACAUGACCUGGAAAGCUGUCUGUGGACAAACGCCGGCUCCCUCGACCCGAAAGUGAGAUGAGCGCCACAACCCUGUAGUCGCCUUUGACUGGACUUAACUGUCCAGGGGUCCUUUACCUUUUACCACGUGUCAGUUCCCAUGAAAGAAGGCUCCACUGAAUUAGAUCUGUUCAUUGUCAUGUGGGCACUGGUCCUAUGCACAGGAUGGGAGUAACUCAGGCUUGCAACCUGACACAUAGGAAGACAUUGGAAGCUACCUUAUACGGAGUCAGAGCACUGAGUGAUCUAGCUCAGUGUUCCCUACACUGUUAUCAGCUCUAUGGGGUUUCAGACAGGGAUAUUUCCCGGUCCUCCCAGACGAUGGCAGCGAGUGAACCUGGGACCUUCUGUGUGUGAUCUAUCACUGAGCUGCAGCCUUCCCCCACAAACCACUGAGCUAUGGCCAGGGGCGAGCUAAUCCUCACGUUAGAAGAAUUUGGGUCUUGUUCCUUUGAACAAAUGCUUUUAAGCCGCUGCUUUGCAGUGUCAACCGAGGGCACUCUCUGCUCCUUUGAGUUUCAUUCUUCUUAAAUUGUUUGCUCAGCAACAGCGACACAGGUGGGCUUUUCUAAGGAGACUCCCCACCUGUUCGGCAGCAGCUGUUGCCUGCAUAAACCGGACAGAAAAUUCCUGAAACUGUAGCUUAAUAAUCACACAUUGGUUUGCUGGAAAUACACUGCAUUAUUCAAUUUAGAAAUUCCCCUUUGGCGACCUGACAAGUAGUUUUUCCGGACAUGUGCCACAGGCAGGAUGAGUCAUGGCUUUUCAUUUUGCUUCCUUAUUUCUCCCCCCUCCGGAGCCCUUAUUUAAAGUCUGUGACAUUGGCUAACGAUAACAGAAGUGGCUUGGGAACGGCUUCCUUCAAAACUCUCUUAGAAGAAGGAUUCUUAACUUGCAUAUUCACCACUUUUUCAUUAUUAUUAUGCGCUUGCAGGAAUUUGUCACGGUCUUGGUGCGAGACCCUCGGAUAAAAAAGGAAGACUCCUGGCAUUCACAUAUAGACUAUGAGAUCUUCAUUCAUGUAAGUACACCAGCUACAGGGAAAAUGCUUUUGCAGCACUUUUGCCCAUGUCCUUUGAUCGCUGUGUAGAUAUGCAAACUGUGCCUUACAGCGCAUGAGACAAGCGGUUUCUUUAAACUGAUGUCUGUGGGGGGGGGGUGCUGACCCCCAGUUCAGGGGCCCGAUCAGCCCCUCAAGCCCGUUUUUCUGCCACCUUCCCUCCCAAUUCCACCAGUUUUGGUGGCAGCAGGAAAAGGAAAAUAAAAUAAAAAUAAAGGAGACACAGCACUAUGGCGGUCAGUGUCUUGACGCACACAAUCCUUUCCCUGGUUAUCAGAUCUGAUGCAAUGCUUUUGGUGUUUCCACAUGCCCUUCAGGUUUAGCUGUGGUCUCAAGCCUUUAAUGUGGCAGGCUCUGACCUGUGGAACUCCUUGCCAGUAGAAGUUUGGCCAUACAAUCCAGAAAGGGCCCCUGCCAGCCAGUUCUUAACCCAAUGGUGUCUGACAUUUUGUAUUGCAAUGCUGUGUUUUUAGUCUGUGUGCUGCCUUGUGAUGUUUUCUACGAAAGUGCCAAUUAUGUCGCUGCCCAGUAUACCUGAAGGAGUGUCUCCACCCCCAUCGUUCAGCCCGGACACUGAGGUCCAGCAUUGAGGGCCUUCUAGCGGUUCCCUCACUGUGAGAAGUGAGGUUACAGGAAACUAUCUGACUUUUAGAAUACAUCUGACAUUAAAACAUUAAAACAUCAAACAUGAAAACUUCCCUAAACAGGGCUGCCUUCAGAUGUCUUCUAAAAGUCAGAUGGUUGUUUAUUUCCUUGGCAUCUGAUGGGAGGGCGUUCCAUAGGGCGGGCACCACUACCGAGAAGGCCCUCUGCCUGACAGAUGACCCCUCAACCUCUAUUUAAAAAUCUCCAGUGGAGAAGAAGCCACCACCUUUCUUCAGAUGCAGAAAGGUAUCUGAAGUUAAAAAGAAUACAUUUAGAGUCCUUGGGAGUAUUGUUUUUUUCUACUAAAACACAGGCAGUUUUAUUUAAGUACAUAGGGACUCAGGCUUACUCCAGGCCCACACCAGGGGGAGUGCUGUUUCGAAUAACUUUAUAUUUUUGCUAAGGCAGUUUAUUAUUGGGUAGUUAUUGAAUCCUGUACCCUAGUUUUACGUGCUUCAGAUGUAAUGGUCUGAAGGCUGCAGCCACCCUUUUGAAUUUCACCCUCUUGUCUGAAUACACAUACCUGCUCUUUUCCCACAUGCCAGUUCUUUUCAUCCGCUCCUGGUUUGUGCAAAUUACAACUUGCCCAGAUCUGAUUUCUUGGCAUAAAUUGGGUGGAAAGGAAGUUUAGCAUUAGUUUUUAAUAUGUAAUAUGGAAGUUCAGGGAAGUUUUUAAUAUGUAACGCUGUACUGUUUUUAACACUUGAUUGGGAGCCGCCCAGAGUGGCUGGGGAAACUCAGCCAGAUGGGCGGGGUAUAAAUAAUAAAUUAUUAUUAUUAUUAUUAUUAUUAUUAUUAUUAUUAUUAUUACUAUUAUUAUUAUCAUGCACAGAAGUGUCAUUUCUGAUUGUUCAAGCUGCAGUUUGGAGAAUAAUCCUAACCCUUCCUUUCUCUCCGUGGUCUGGAGUUUUGAUAAGUAAGGAGAAAUAAUCUUCUUGAUUUAAUCCAGUACGCUAGUGAGACUAGGAAAAGCAAUCACGUGAGUGAUAACACGGGGCAUAGUUUCAUGAGCAGGUGAUGCAUUUUAUCUUUCAGGAAGCAGUUGGGUGACUGACUUGGUCUCAUGAAGCAGCUAUCACUGGCAUCCGUGAUAAUUGCAUUGUAUUUAAUGGAACAGGAUAAGGACAUUGGUGGAGAUAUAGGGAAGCACUUAGACUUCUAGGAGUAAGAAUCAGGAUGUUGGAUGGGCUUUUAAAAAAAUGUAGACUUUAAUAGUUUGGUUCUGUCGCUACACACAACAGCAUCCACAGUCUUCCUCAAACUUUACAUGUAUCAAAAGAACUGUGAUGGAAACAUGGCCUUGUGCUUUAGAUGCUAAUUAUUUUAACCUGGCAGUCACAUGCAAAGAUGUUCCUGUGAUCUGAUUCAAGGUUCUCCUGGAUUCUCUGUUUAACUGUGGAUUGUUUGGGACGAGGUUUGCAGAUUCUGGUCUGGGAACUAAAAUCCUCUUUGGGAUCAAGGGGAUUUCUAGGCCUUGGCAAGUACAUCGGCUGAAACCUCCACGUUUUCCAUUUGGGUUGCAGCUCCAGCAAUUUGCACUAUUCUGACAUUCAGGGGCAGUUUUAGAAGGCUCUUGUUAGGUGGCACAGAGGCCUGCGGUUAAGAAAGGGGCCUGCUGAGCAUUUGCUACCUCGCCAUGCCUUGCACUCCUCCUUCCGGCAACUUCUGAAGCUAAGCUGGUGCCAGACAUAUUGCGCUGCUUUCCUUUGGACCACAUCAGCAAGGCUGAGGUCUUGUCAUGUGGGCCGCCCAGGACCUUCAUACAAACUGCCCAGACUUGCUUCCCAGGAAGCUCACUUUUUUGCCGCUAGUGCAGCAGUUUGACUUCACCCCCAGAGGCACACUCCAUUGGAUGGAUGCAAACAACGAAGUUCUUGGGUAUUGGGAAGGUGGUGUAUCUUCGAGUCAUGGUGAACAAGUCCUGUCUCUUUACAGACAAACAGCAUGUGCUUUACGAGGAAAACGUCUUGCGUCCGGCGGCGCUUUCGUGAAUUCGUGUGGCUUCGCCAGAGACUUCAGAGUAACGCAGCGCUAAUGUGAGUCAAUGUCCAAAUGUUUCUGAAACUUGCUUUAUUAAAGCGUACACCUAGCCUUUUCCCUCUCCCAGAGGGUAGGUUAAAAACCUCAUUCUUUUUCUGAAAGAGGAAUAGGAAAUAUAGCCUUGAUCUAGUGCUGUGGGGGAGAAGAAGCACUUGAUCUUUCUUGCCUCCUUGUCAGGACCGGCCCUACCAAUAGACAGAGUGAAGCAGCUCCCUCAGCACAGGAGAUGUUGGGCUGGGGGAAUGGCAAUAAAAUGCUGGAGGUUGUGCUGUAUGUGCCACAUGCCUUGCUCCCUAGCCUGCUUCCCUCAGGGCAAUGAAGGGCGUGCUCUGUUUCCAGUGUUGAAAUAAGAUUCAGAUGCCAGUUCAGUUGGCUAUUGCAUGCAGGAUGUGCAGGGUUUUUCCUUGUCCUUUGCCUUGGGCAGCAAAAUAUCUUGGACCGACCCUGCACCAAUAAUCAGUUUCAUAUGUUUGCAGGGUAGGGAACAUGGAGAAGAGGGAAGCAAAGGCUUCCAUUCAAACCAUCCCUGUGGUGCCUCUGCCUUUCCCAAGUCUCUUGUGCUAUUAAUAAUAUCUUGUAUUAUUUAUGAAGUCCUUGACGUUUCGCUAAGUGCUGUGCAAGGUAAAGGAUGCUGAACGUUUUGCUAAGUGCCUGGCAAAUAAUUAAAACAGACAGGCCUCUGCCAGAACAACUUAACAUAUUUUUUUUACAUGGCACAAAGGAAGGAGAACAUUUUGUGGACGAGGUACAGAGGAAGGUACAACAUCACUCAUACAUGAGAAGGAUACCCACCCAUUCAGCAAUGCACAUGCAAUCCCAGUUUAGUGUGGGUACUGUGGUGUAAACCACUGAGCCCUGGGCUUGCCGAUCAGAAGGUCGGCAGUUUGAAUCCCCGCGACAGGGGGAUUGUUCUGUCCCAGCUCCUGCCAACCUAGCAGUUCGAAAGCACGCCGGUGCAAGUAGAUAAAUAGGUACCACUCUGGCGGAAGGUAAACGGUGUUUCCGUGCGCUGCUCUGGUUUCGCCUAAGCGGCUUAGUCAUGCUGGUCACAUGACCCGGAAAAACUGUCUGCAGACAAAUGCCGGCUGUAAAGCGAGAUGAGCGUCGCAAUCCCAGAGUUGUCUGUGACUGGACUUAACUGUCAGGGGUCCUUUACCUUUUAAUCAUGAACAAGCUGUGAUUUUUCAUUCUCAUUUGCUGGCCAUAGUUUGUCAAUUCAGACAUCACACCAAGCCAUAGCUGAGCUCUCCUAACUAUGGCUUUGUGUGCUGUCUGAAUCGAGCUACUGUUCUUAGGAAGCUGGCUUUGGUCAUCGCACAGAUAGCACAUUCAGAACACUCCUCUGCCGCUGAAACUAUGGUCUUGAAAGCACAUAGGGCCUCCAUAUCAUGGAAGCCAAGAGGUCUGGGUCAGUGCCUGCAUAAGCCAUGCCUGGGAACCAAAUGUAUGUCACCUUGUUUUGCAAGAUGGAAGGAAGCUGAGAAAGCGAUGUAAAAAAACCCUAAUUGCUGAGGGAGGGAGGGAGGAGUAAAGGAUAGGAGAGAUAGAUGGUGGUAACACUUCAUGUAUCAAAUGAAGGAGAGUGUAGUAGCCCAUGGAAGCUGUUGCUGCAGUGUUAAUCAGCUAAUAUUAGCUUGCCCCCAAAUGGUUCAUAGCUUUUGCCACAACAAGCGAACAUGGCUGCAACUCUGAAGUUUGCUGUCAAAGUGUGUGGCUAUUAGCUUUGCCAGGUGUUAAGUCGUUGCCCAUAGAAAUCCCAAGUCAGUAUUGUUUCAUUUUUCUCCAUCUGAGUUCAGCAAUCCUUUUAACCAGUGCUAUUUAUCUAGAAAAGAAGGUGUUCACCAGGAACGCCUCCCUUGUUCUCUUAUAAUGGCAACAGCGCCCCCCUAAGAGGUGCUGAAACUUGAGUUCCGGCUGGGAAAAAAGCCCCGCUUUUAACAAACAAACCAACAAAAGCAUUUUUAUUCAUGUUUUUCAUUUUGGGCUACUCACGCUUUCUGGUUUGUGUGUGUGUUUUAAAGACAACUGCCAGAACUUCCAGCCCGGACGCCCUUUUUCAACACCAAUAACCCCCAACACGUGGACCAGCGCCGACAAGGCUUGCAGCAGUUCCUCCAAAAGUGAGUGCGCUUGCUUCUUCUUCCCGUUUGGUGGUUUUCUUGUUUUAAUGAGCUUAUUAAUUUCCGGGGCCCUCAUCCCUUGUACACGACAGCCACCUUGUGGCCACAGUUGUGCAUUUGCACAAGCUCCCAGGUAAGGGCUGCAUAAUGUAGCUGAGAUGCUGAGCACACUCUGUUUCCAUUCCUGUAACGUUUUGUUUACUCUGGGAUCCCCUCCCCCUUUUACCCUUUGAAGCAGCACUGCGUGUAUGUAUGUUUUUCUUGAAAUGUGAUACGGUGAAGGAACUAAAUUGCCACUCUCUGGUGCAAGCUCAACAGACGUAAAAUAGGCAAGAGGCUUAAAUUGUCCUUUUUUGCAGCACAAAGAAUAUUAAAGCCUUACUUAAAUAAAGAGGCAGCAUAUGUAUUGUGUUUGGUAUUGUAUUGUGUUCGGUAUUUAUUGUGUUGUGAUUAGGAUUGCAGCAUCAAUGGGAGUUUCACGGCAAUAAUUGCUCUUUUUUAAAUAUUAAUUUUUAUUAGUUUUCCACAUUUUAACAAAUCCAUCCAAAUUAUUUAAAUUUAAUACAUUCCCCCCCCAAAUAGGUUUCCCACUCCCGUUACAAACAUAUGUCCAUUACAUUCCUGAUGUUAUUGCGUCAUUCUUCUUUAAUCACCUUCUCAACCUUCUAUUAUAAUUGCUUUUUUAAUGUACCUGCAAAUUAGAAGCAUAGUCCUCAGAUUUCAUAAGAACAUAAGGCAAACAUGCUGGAUCAGGCCAGUAGCCCAUCCAGUCUAGCAUCCUGUUCUCACAGUAGCCGACCGGAUGCCUGUGGGAAACCGCCAAGCAGGACCUGAACACAAGACCCACACUCUCCUCUUCUGUGGCUUCCAGCCAGUGGUAUUCAGAAGCGUUGCUGGCUCUGAUUGUGGAGGCAGAGCCAAGCCAUCAUUGGUUGUAGCCAUUGAAAGCUUUAUUCUGUAUGAUUUUGUCCAACAUUGCCUCCUGUGGCAAUGAGUUCCACAGCUCAACUAUACACUGUGUGAAGCUGUACUCUCAGUUCUGAAUCUUCCAGCCUGCAGCUUCUUUGGCUUUCCUUGAGUUCCAGGGUUGUGAGAGAGGGAGAAAAACUCUUCUCUGCCCUCCUUCUUCAUGCCAGGCAUAAUGUUAUAAAGGUCUAUUGUGUUAACUUUUCUCUAAACCAGUGUUUCCCAAACUGGGGCUUCCAGCUGUUUCUGGACUACAGUUCCCAUCAUCCCCGACCAUUGGUCUUGCUAGCUAGGGGUGAUGGGAGUUGUAGUCCAAAAAACAGCUGGAGACCCGAGUUUCCUGAACUCUAAACUGAGAAAUCCCCAAUGGUGCAAGCUUUUUUCAUAGGGGGAUUGCUCCAUCUCUGUGAUCAUUUUGGUUGUGUCCAGCAAACAUGCGGCUGCUGUCGAACCUUCUCCUUUGGAAUGGUGAAAUCGAUUAGUAACCCUCUUGAAAAUCAGUGGUGCCACCGUGGUCGGACUUGGGGCAGACGUCUAGGGCUCUGUUCAACAGAGCUUCUUAACGCUGUUAGACCAUUAAGUCCACAGUGGUCCUAACGGUCACAUCCUGUCUACAGGCUUCCUCUACAGUGGCCAUCUGUUUGGCCACUGAGAGAAUGGGAUGCUGGCAGGGCCAGAUUUAGGUUUGAUGAGGCCCUAAGCUACUGAAGGUAAUGGAGCCCUUUAUAUGUCCACCUGUCCUUUGUCACUGUUUUUUGUGUUGGAUAUAUGCUACAUGGUAAUUUAUGGACCUAAUAGGUAUCUCAAGCCAUUUGCACAUAACAAAGUAGUAUUUUAUCAAAGUAAAUUUGAUUUUGGAAAUGCACAUCCAGGUUUUUUUCCCUUUAAAUUUUUUUGGGGGGCCCCCAAGAGAGUGGGGCCCUAAGCUAUAGCUUGUUUAGCUUAUACAUACAUCCGGCACCAGAGCUCCCCAUAUGUUCUUAUAUAAAAUUACGACGAUUAUAAAUCCAUUCACCAACCCCUGUUCACAUGACCAAUCCAUUAUUGAUGGCCGUUCAGCAGUUAAAAAGAAUCUUGUUCAGGUCUAUGGGCCAACACUUUUUUCAGCUGUAAAAACAAUCCUAUUCUAAUACAGUGGAACCUUGGUUCUCAAACUCAAUCCAUCCCAGGAGUCUGUACGACUCCUGAAACCAUUCGAAAACCAAGGCACAGCUUCUUAUUGGCUGCAGAAGCCUCCUGCACUCAAGCGGAAGCCGCUUCAGGUGUUCAGCUUCCGAAAAUGUUUGAAAACCAGAACACUUCUGGAUUUUCAGCGAUCGGGAGCCAAAACGUACGAGUACCAAAGCAUUCGAGAACGAAGGUACGACUGUAUUGUAUUAUUGGUAUUAGAGGCUGCGAAUAGCACUGUCUUGUCAUAAUGCUAUAUAACUACACUCAUUUGUUUUUGCUAUUGGCAUGCUCAAAACAGUUUAUUUUUGCCAAAAUAAACCUCAUUUCAUAUUUGAUCCCCUGUCCCCUCCACACCUUUAGCUUCUAUCCUGUCCCACAAAGCUUCCCAUAAUUUUUCUUCACCGCAGUGAGAUUACCUAGGAAAGAUCCAGCGAGGGAGAGCCCUGAUGUACUUUCAUUGCCUGCAGCUGCCAUUUUUUACUGGCGCAGAGGACUCUUAUUCAUAAGCAGGAUUUAUAACGUCUGGGAGAAACAGCUAGGAUUAUAGCUCCUGUUACAGUGUUUAUACAAGCAUUCCCUUCCAUCCUGUGGCCACAUAAACAUCAGUGCGCUGAUCGUCUGAUGGAGGAUCUGCCUUGGGGUGUCGCAAACUGGAAAGGCUGGGGAAUCCCCCAUCUGUGCAAUGUGUAGUGAGGGGUGUGGGAUCUUGUAUUUAUGUACCUUGGCUCGUGGGUUGAGCAGGAAGAUGGAAGAGGAGAGAGUUGCAUUGUGUAAUGGAGCAUAAUUCAUAAAUAAGGGAUUCCCAGCCUUUCCAAGGUGCAAAUUCCCUGGAAAGGGAAGAAAUGCUCAAAAUAAACAUACCGAUUUUAGCCCAGAGAUGUAAGAGAACUACUACAGCCAACAGGAAAAUUGAAAGCACGUUCCUAAAUUAGAAUUAAGAAGCCUCACAUAAGAAUAGCCUCUGAAUUGCGUAAUGCAAUUAUGUGGCCUUCUUGGGCACCCAAAUUGUGCCACUUUUUAGAUCAGGACCUCCGCCCCAUCUAAAUUUCCUGCUCACAAGCCAUUUCUCCACCCACAAAACCCUUUUUUCAGUGCCACAAUCAACUGAGGGCCACAAAACACCCCUGGAUUUACCCUAGGGGCCAUCAGUUGCUCACCCCUAGAAAUACGUACAAGACUGAAUAGCAUUAGGGAUACCUGUAUUCGUGAGACAACUAUGCAGACUGGUUUUUCUACAGUGAAUAUAGCUUUAAAUUAUUGUGCGGGGUUGGAUCAAAUGUUCCCACGGUUGAGGUUUGCGGGCUUGUGGACAGAGGUUCCCUGCUUGCCAAAGGUCCCUGGUUUCACUCCCUGCCCCCUGCCUGGAUCCCUGAGGAGACAGAAGAACUAAAUGGGUAGAAAGGCAGCUCCUUACGUUUCAGAGGAGCUAAAGGUGUUCAGAGGCCUGCAGCUUUCCUGGCGAGUGGAAUCUGAGCAUGCCCUGCCCAGAAUCUUGAGGGAAGGGGCAGAGCAUGUCCCUCAACAUUGGACAUGCUCUGUUCUCCUACUUUGAAAAUCUAAACCAGAGGCUGGGUUUUUAUUAAAGUGAACGAGCAGGCGCUCCCAAUUAAUUAAUUUUUACGCACAGGCUUUUUGUCUCUCUCUGCAGAGCCAGCGCAGCACCGACAUAAAACGGUCUGCAGCUUUUAUAAAUAGCCAUGGCUGUUUCGGUGCCAGAAGCUGCUUAUAGUCUGAGUCUCUGGAAAAAUGGAGGAGGGCAGCAAAAAAGCAGCCUAGGGUUCGAGUUCCCACUUUCUGUGCCCCCCCCCUCCACAUCUGAGGAAAGGGAGGAGAGUGAGAGGUUCCUGACUAGAAUGUAUGCCAAACCGUAAGUCCAGGCCCCACACAAAUUUCUGUUGAUAGUGUCUGGCUAGGAUGGUACAUCUACCCUCCUUGAGAACAGAUGCACAGUCUAUGAUCUAGUUGGCAGUGUGAAUUCUGGCCUCUUAUGGGGGUCGUCUCCAUUUAUUGGAGCAAAUUAAAGGAAACUGCUUUUCCUAAGGAAAGGGAAUGAAAGAAGACCUCCACACAACCAUCAAUGUUGUGGAAGCGUAGGUAGGUCCACUGCUGCUCUCUCCAGCACCAUUAUAGUUCCUGCUGCCUGUUGGCAUGGGAGAGAGGGCAGAGGAGCGAGCCAAGAAUGCCUGUUGCCAGAGGCAGAACUAGGCUUUACUUCUCCUGGGUCAAAGACUUAGUUUGGCACCCCCCCCCAAAAAAAACACAUUUCUGUACACACACGUGUGCGCACACACACACACACAUACGGAGGCUCAAGGCUGCUCCUCCGGAGGUUUCACCCGGGAACACACACACCCCAUUACGGCGCUGCCCAUUGCUGAGAGUAGCAACAGGUUUUUUAAAAAUGUACCAGAUUUUCUGCAGAAAGGGUGAGUCCGCAUAACAUAGGGGGUUGUGGAAUGUGUGCUGGAAUUGAAUGCCCACAACAUCAUGGGGACAGGGCCGGAUUUAGGUUUGAUGAGGCCCUAAGCCAGGCUUCCUCAACCUCGGCCCUCCAGGUGUUUUGAGACUACAGUUCCCACUAUCCCUGACCACUGGUCCUGCUAGCUAGGGAUCAUGGGAGUUGUAGGCCAAAAACAUCUGAAGGGCUGAAGUUGAGGAAGCCUGCCCUAAGCUACUGAAGGUAAUAUGUCCAGCUGUCCUUUGUCAACAACAAAUUGUCACCGUUUUUUGUGUUGAAUAUAUGCUAUAUGGUAAUUUAUGGACCUAAUAGGUCCAUACACAACGCAAAACACUGUUGCUGUAUGUAGGUUUUAUUUUAUUUGGUUUUUAUCUUAUAUUUUGGAAAUAUACAUCCAGUUUUUUCCCCUUUAAACUCUUUUGGUGGCCCCCCAAGAGAGUGGGGCCCUAAGCUAUAGCUUGUUUAGUUUAUAUGUAAAUUUGGCACUGAAUGGGGAUACUGUUUCAUAAAUUGGGGUCCUGCAGUCAGAACCCCUCUGCAAACCCCCUUCCUUGGAUUUCUUGCUAUUAACCACCUCAGGGAAAAAUUGUGGAUUUUAAGACAAAAAUGGCAGGGACCCAAAUUCUCCCCUAAACUAUAAGGAUGGCUAUUAUUUUUUUCUUUUCCAUGCGAUAACUACAAGAGAAUGCAUUUGUAAAUGAAACAAAACCAAGAAGGGGUUUUCCAAUGUCGGCAACAAAAUGAGAAAGUCACAGGAAACAAUUAAGAUAGUAAGUGGAAAAAGCAAACGGAAACAAAACCUACCAUGGCCACUAUAUAAUAACAAACAAGGUACACUAUGUACAAGACACUGGAAUGAUCCAAACAGUACACUCCAAAUAGAAAACAAAUCAAUUCUCCAAUAAAUACUGAAUGAAAUUUCCAGAACUGGAACUCGUUUCAUGCUUUUUCAACCAAUGGCAGCUAAGAACCCCUUAUUCUCAGUAGAGCAUGAGACCCUUGAUCUCAGGGUUGUGGGUUCGAGAACCAUGCAGGGCAAAAAUUUCUUGCGUUGCAGGGGGUUGGACUAGAUGACACUUGUGGGGCCUUCCAACUCUACAGUUCUAGGAUUGCCUCAAUUCUCUAGAAGAAUUUUUCUCUCUCUUUCUAGGUGGUGUCAGUACAAUAGACCCUGAAAACAUACAUGUAAUUUGUAUGCUACCUUUUUUUCUACACGUGGAAAACUCAUUUCAGUUUUCAAUUUUCUUAAAAAUAUUCUUUUAUUAUUAUUUUUUGCAUUUUUUUUUUUUUUUGGUAAACUUUAUUGUAGCCUCCGUUUCGCGAAGAUUCCUGCUGAAACAUCUAUGUGUGUGCAUUCAAUAGAGGGCACCAGAACACAGGCUGUGUUUGCUUGUUUCUGCGGUCUUGUUUCACCUCCUCCUCCUCAGCUCCCUCCCUUCCGCUGCCUUCCCAUCAUAAUAUGAUGUAAAUGGGCUGAGUAAAUUUGUUGAAAACAAAAUCAGAGUGUUAACCUUCUGCACACAUGCAGGCCUGCAUCUGUCACUAUAUUGGGUUACAGAAGAUACAGGAAAUCUUUAGUUAGGAUUAAGUUGCGCUGCUCAGCCAUAUGCUCUCCUCCAACAGAACAGUGUGUAAUAUACCUAAUAAAAUCAUGUUGAAAAGAACCAGAUUUUGGCCUCUGUCCAAACAAGACCAACCACAUGUUUUGCCUUUAUUAAAACAUACUUGUUUUUAGCUUGGGGAGGAGGAAUUCAUUCUGAUUCGCGCAUCCUGAGCCCUCUGCGGAUGGUCUAAAAGCAAACAUCGCAGAGAUUACUUUAUGCACAAACUGUUCUUUGGAGGAGCCAAAAGGUGGGUUUAGGCUCCCGUUCCAGCAGAGAUUAGGAUCUUAAAAGCCUCUUUGCAUGCAAAUGCCCCAAGCUUUAUGUGAGCCGGGAUGUUGACCCAUGAAUAUAAGAAGCAACAGAGAGUGCCUCUGAGCAUGCACAGACUGGUAUUCCCUUCCACCACUAGGUAGGGAAGAGUGCGGCCACUAAGCAGGCCUCAGGCCCUUCAUGGGUCCAUACAGGUGUGUAUGAAAAUGUAAAAUCUGUAAAACCAUUUGAUUGUAUCCCACUUUAAUAAGAGCAUUGAAGCCUCAUAUAUAUCUAUUUGUUCUUCUGUAAAUUCAGGUGCUCUGCAGGUGUUGCCAUUUUGGAUUUGGCUGGUAACGUCAAACUGCAGUGUGAAAAUUUAGUCCUCUUUCUCCAUGUCUCUUGCCCUGGGGUGUUUUCCUUGAAAGAUACCCUGCUCCCAUCAGCCAGGUUAAAAAAAGGAAAAAGGUAAAGGACCCUUGGACAGUUGAGUCCAGUCAAAGGCAACUAUUGGGUGCGGUGCUCAUCUCGCUUUCAGACCAAGGGAGCUGGCGUUUGUCCACAGACAGCUUUCCAGGUCAUGUGGCUAGUAUGACUAAACUGCUUCUGGCGCAACGGGACACCAUGACGGAAACCAGAGCGCAGGGAAACUCUGUUUACCUUCCCACCACAGCGGUACCUAGUUAUCUACUUGCACUGGCGUGCUUUUGAACUGCUAGGUUGGCAGGAGCUGAGACAGAGCAAUGGGAGCUCAACCCGUCACGGUGAUUCAAACCGCCAGCCUUCUGACUGGCAAGCCCAAGAGGCUCAGUGGUUUAGACCACAGUUUAGACAACCCCACUUUGUGCUGAAAGAAUGCAGAAGGAGAAUGACUGCGUUGGCUAUCCCUGCCAACCCUCACUGCUGAUAUAAAGGGUGGUGAUUUCUCCCACCUUCUAUGCAUGCCAAAGGGGUUUAUACAUGUAGAGGCAAAGAGGAGAUCCUGAUUGGGCCUGGAUCUCCCCUCAUAUAUGCCUACAGUAGCAUGCAUGCAGACCCCUUCACGCAUGUGCUGUGUUCCUCUCAAGAUAUGAGGCAGGCAAGCAAGACAUUUACAGCUACUUGUGGUUAGUUCUGCAUGAAGCCUGCAACUUAGGAUCCUAGAGUUGUAAGGGACCCAGGGGUCAUCUAGUCCAACCCCCUGCAAUGCAGGAAUCUUUUGCCCAAUGUGGGGCUCGAACCCCCUAGUCCUGGGCAUCAUAUAUUACCCAAAACUGGUUUGAAGUCUAUACUAUGAUACUGGUUUCAUAAUUUUUGACCUGGCAAUAUAUUGCAAAACAUGGUGUGUGUGUGUGUGUGUGUGUGUGUGUGUGUGUGUGUGUGUGUACCCGCUAAGCAAAAAUCACAAUGUGGGGAAAAACUCUGAAGCCAGCCAAUUCCUCUACAUAACUCCGUCCUUCAUUCAGACAUUGUGAUAUAUCGGUAUAUCCUGAUGUUUAGCUGGUGAUAUAUCACAAUGUUGAAAACCAGAUAUCGCCCAGCCCUAGAACCUGUGACCCUAAGAUUAAGAGUCUGAUGCUUUACUGACUGAGCUAUCCCAGCAUUUAACUUGUGCACAUUCAGAUUUAUGCGCCUGGCAAUAAUAAUAAAAAUAGGGCACAGGCAUCCAGGAAAAAAGACUUUGGCAAUCCUUCCCACCAUUGCACCCAAGGUCUUUUAAGGUGAUUUUGACAUUAGGCAUGAUUCCCAGAACAUAACCCCCGGGGCUUACUAUAUACAUUUCAACUAGUAGACCCUCUUAAUGCAAAAAAUAUCGGAGCCCCACGGUUUAUUUCACAAUAAAAAGCUUGGGGGAAAGAUGAUUUUAGGGCAUGUGGGUGAACAAAACCCAUAUUUCAGUUCACAGGUUGACUCAGCAUUGACAUGUUUGCGCUGCCAAGUUCCUGUACCUGUUGUUUAAGGGGCGUCUUUCUGAUUUAUUAUUUCUGGUCCCUUCACUUCUUUCAUAACCUCCAGAUGGCACUGUUAAGCAGAAAAGAGAAUAACUGUAAAAUAACAAGCCUAAUGCAAAAUAAAAUUGGAAAUUGAAUUAUAGCUAUUGGGGUGGGGGCAGGGAACGAGGAGGGGGGGGGAAGAAGGUAGCCUUGAGGUGCUGACCAACCUGUGCUUUUAUCACUUCUGUUUGCUGUUCCCAAGUGUUAGGUUACCAGCAAGUUAAUAACAGGGCUUUGUCGGUUCAAGGCUUAGCAGAAUUGCACUGGACACGAAAUAAAGCUAAAAUGAAUUUCUGUCCAAUAUCAUUGACAUUAGUGCUCAUUACUUUUGUGGCGCAACGCCUCAAACCAUCAAAAAUCAAUUUUAAAGAUUACCGAUUAUUUUAUAAAGAAAAUAAAAUACAUUUCAAACAGCAGCAAAGCAGUAACAGAGUAUACUCUCAUGAACAGUUACUUAGGCUUUAGUUGGGUGGCAAAAUCAAACUACUGAUAGCACCAUUUUUUUAUUAUUAUUACAAAAAAAACCUGCUAAGAACUGAAUUGCAUGCAUGCUGUAUUCAAAUGUCUUUUUUGUUACAAAACUCUGAAUUUAAAAAUAGGGAUGUCAGCAUGUUGUUUAAAAAAACCCUACGUUCUUCCUGAUCUUGCAACAAAUUUCGAAAGCAAACACCGAUGAUACUUUCAUUUUUUUAAAAAACAAACAAACCAACGCUACUGCUUUUUUGUGUGAAUUAUGGUUUGAAGCCAUAGAAGCUACUGAAGGCAUCAAGAAAGGUUUCUGAGUUAAGAUUAAGACCUACUGAGUUUGAUGGAAGAAUUGAGCAAGCCGGUCCCUUUCUUCAGUGUAAAGUGCUUAACUUUGGCUACAAUUUGAUCCUUUGUUUAUUAACAGAAUUCAAUAUAUCACAUGGCUUUAGAUGUGCUGGAGUUCAGAAAAGUCAUUCAUACUCUAUAUACUAUUUAUGUAUUUCAUUUAUACCUCACAUUUUAUCCAAGAAGCUCAAGUUUGUGUACAUGGUUCUCCCCCUCGUCAUUUAUCCCCAACAACCCUAUGAGGUAGAGGCUAGACUGAGGCAACAACUGGUCCAAGGUCACCCAGUGAGCUUCAUGGCCGAGUGAGGAUUUGAACCCCCUUCUCCUCAGGCCUAGUCCAAUGCUAACCGCUGCACCUCAUAGCAAGUGAGGUAUUUGGAGAUUUGCUGUUGUUUGGAUAGUUGCGGGUAGAAAAAGGCUGCUUCCCUCACCGCGAGGAGGGUAAUAGCAAGCCAGAGAAUAUUUGCUUAAUUCUUCAUAUCUCCCCUGCCUCAUUGCAGUUGAAAGUGCUCAAUAACAUGUGGCAUAUUGACGGCCAAAGGUAUAGUUGCACUCUGAGCAGACCCAUUGAAAACAACGGACUUAAAGUCAGCCGUGACUUUUAAGUUCGGUCAUUUCAUUGGAUCUACUGUUGACUAUAAGUAUCCUCUUCGGUUGCAUUCCUAACACCACUUACCUGUGGGUAAGCCCCAGAGUAUUCAGUAGGCCUUCCGAGUAGACAUAGUUAGGAUUGUGCUGUGUGCAGGAUUUCGCCACAGGGCAAUGAACCCUAAUUCAUUGGUGCUCAUGGACAGCUGAUGUAUAUGCAGGCAUUUUUAACCUGCCUGAAUGCAGUAUUUGAAAACUUUGUUGAAUAUACGGCACUCAAAGUGGAGUGGGUGAUCAUCCCCUUUCUUUUCAGAUAAAUAUAUAGCCACCCCUGUUUUGUUUCAGGUAGACAUAACUGAUUUUGGCUUAACCAUCUCACUUCCUUUUAUUCACCUGACACUGGAACCAUCCCACUUCCUUCUUUAAUCCUCAUAAUAAUUAAUACUGUAGAUUUCCAGGCCUAGCCUAUCUAUUGACUUGAUAGGCUUUUGCUCAAGACCUAUUAUACUGUAUCAAGUACUGGACCCUUCUGAGAGAAGAUUUUAAUAACAUUGUCCAGUUUUAAUGGCCAAAUGACACUUGAGACAAUCAGAAUGUGCUUUUAUGCUAACCUUCCGUGGGGCAGGCAAGGGAUGGCUUUAGUUGGCCAUACUGAACGAAUGGUCCCUUAGAGAAAAUUGUUUACUUUGAUUGGUUUCAGAAAUGAAAGUUGGGGGCUGGAUGCUAUGAACUAUUUAUUAAAACAGCUAAGCUUAUCUGUGUAGUAUUUUAAGGACCUAAUUCUCCAGUUACUGGGAGCAAUCCACUUGCAUUUUCAAAAAUGUUUUGCAAAAACCAGAUUAGUUCUGCCAGGGAGGGGGAGAAUGCUGUUACUGUUUAAUACAGUUUGUGCUAAUUGCACAUUUAGUUGAAUUAAACAUUUUAUGCAGAACUGAGUGUUUUUUAUUUUAAAUGUGUGUAUUGCAAUUAUAUUUUAAAAAUCACUGAAAUGUAAGGUUCCCUUGCUCCUGCUUCCACAAAUUACUUUCCCAACCUGUGUAAAAGUAGAUAAUAAUUGCACAUGGCAUUCAAUUUGUACAUAUCUUUAAAAUACAUAUUUUUUUGCAUUUGUGCAUUAAAUGAUUUCUGUUUUACAGAGGCAUUUGAAGGUCCAAAUCUUACAGCGCCUUAUACUUAGUAAUGUUUUUGAUGUGUAUACAAAGUAACUGAUUCUGAACCAGUUUCCAUAGUAGUAUGUUAUUUCAGCCCUUUCGCCCCAGCCAAAAAAGUAAUUGAUCCACAUGGUAGUAGCAGAUGGUUAAAUGGGAAAAAAUGCCCUUGGAAUUAUUCUUAUAACAGAUGUUCAAAACUAUUAGUGCCAUGCUUUUAUUCACCUAAAAUUCCAAAUAAUUUAUUAAAGAAAAGCACACAUCCAACCAUGCCAACAUAUACAGUAUACUGGAUUCAAAACUGUAUUGGAAGUUAAGUUUAAAAUAUUUUUAAAAGGAAGACAAUGUUGAAAAAAUGAUAUCGGAAGGUGGUUCAUUUUUUCUCUUUAUUUUCUUUAAAGGAUUCUGCAGAAUCCUCUUCUGCUUUCAGACAGUAGACUUCACCUCUUUGUACAAACCCAGCUGAACCCAGAGGACAUUGAGGCAUGUGUAUCUGGACACACGAAAUAUUCUGUUGAAGACGCAAUCCACGAGUUUGCCUGUUUGAAACGACGGUUUCCUGUAGAAGACGAAGGGAGGAAAAAGGAGAAUUAUGCAGAUUCCGAUUCCGAAAGGUUACUUCCUUACAUUUUGCUAAACAUGCACAUAUGAUAAUAAACACAGUUCACUUUUGUUGUUGUUGAUGCAGUGCUAAGAUAAUGAAAAAAUUAAUUGACUGAGAUUUUAUUGAGCUGUGACAGCUCAUCAUAGAAGUCUUCACAUACACCUCCACACUGAAUUAAUGAAUGCAGUAGAAAUUCAAUUAUCUGCAUUCUGAUUAUGUGAAUUUCAUUUAGUCAGACUUGAAUUAUUCGCGUUUAAAUUAUCUCGCUAAAAAAAAUAUCCAACUGCACUCCAAAUGGCUAAUUAAAAGUCCAAAUUUCCUGUCUCUCUUUUGUGACUGGGGAUAAUUAAAGUUCUCCUCUGUUACUCAGGCUUUGAGUGUGUUGUGAAAACCAAUUUCCUCUCUCUUCUUUCUCUCCCUCCCCCCCACUUUUCCCCCCUCUGCAGUUCAUCCUCAGGGCUUGGACACAGCAGUGAUGAUAACAUUUCCCAUGGAUGUAAAGGAAGCACAGACACAGUUCCUGAAGAACCCUGAAAUAUCAUUUAUGUGUUGCCAUCACUCCAAUGACAGAUACACAGCUUCUAUCUUGGUUGAAAGUUACAGAUGACAUAGACUGACCAUGCACCCAACUUCCAAGGCAUGCCUUUUCUCUGUUUUCAAAACAGCCUGUUCAUUUGCUAUGUAUGCAUUUUGUAGCCUUUGUUAUAUUGAACGAUACAAAUACUGUCUGCACCACAACACCUAAAUCAAUGAGAUUUCUUAAUGUGAUACUGUGGGGUUCACUGUAAGGGAAAGGAAAGGGUGGGGAAACCUUGGAAUAUCAACAUUCUGGGAAUCCACAAAAUAUAUUUUUAUUUGGCAUUUUAAAUGGUGAUACUGUGGUGGUCUUUCUACUGUGGUGUUGACUACGUAACUCAGCUGCAACGCAGAAAACCAAAACGCCAUUCAGUCAAAAGGUAGCAGAGGAAUAAAUGACCAAAUGGGUUUUCUGAAAAGUAUGUUUCGUUAUUAAGCUUUCACCUUGAAAGGGAACGCUUGGGUACAAUGCUAUAUGGCCAGUUACAGGCCGGUUGAAUUAAAUAGGCAUGACAGUGCAGUUCUGUGUAUGUCUACUCAAAAGUAAGCCAGAUUGAGUUCAGUUAGGCUUGCUCCCAGCCUGCAGUCCUGCAAUCUACCUGGCAAUAAAUCCCAGUUGAGACAUAUAUAGGAUGCUGCUAUAAUUCUGCCUAACUGUGGCAACAGGUCUUACUUUUGUGUGUGUGACUAAGAAACAUGUGUCUUGUGAAGAGGCCUAUCAUUAAAAAAUAUGUGCUGUUACAUGGACACACACACACACACACACACACACACACACACUCUGUUUUAAAGUGAAUGUUCUUGCAGGAGGAUGAAGGAAGGGAACACGUUAACCAGUGAGUAACAGAAAUAAACUUCUGGAUGAAAGCUUACUGUAUCACUGCAGAUGUUUAAAGUAUCUAGCUUGGCAGUGCCAUAAAUUAAUUUGUGUAUGUUUUGACAGCUCCACUAUAACUUCACUGGCACUCCAUCCAAAAUUACAUUUAUUAGGAAAUAAGUUGUGUUCAAAUCUAGUGAGGCUGAAAUCUUGUGCCUACGUAACUGGGAGGAAACCUCCCUGAACUCUGUGACCCUUACUUCUGAGUAGUCAGGAAUAGGAUUACACUCCAGUUGUGUUUUAAGGACCAGGGUGAGUUGGGGGGAUAGGAAUGGGGAGGCCAGAUAACUACCACGAGCCAAUGAUUUUUGUGUGCAUGGGAUGUCAGCAUUUGCACAACGUAAACUUCAUUAAGUGUCUUGCAGAUAAUAUUUUUGUUGAACUGUACAAAAAUAUCCAGGGGCCCAAUCACUGAAAGGGAGCUAGCAGCAAGAUACAUAUAUUUAGGCUGCUGUUGGAAUAAUAGUAAUAAUUUGAGCCAUUAAAUAUACAGUGAUUGGAAUUGUUGCUGAAAAAUUAGCAACAGACAUUAAAUAGGAAAACUGCAGCAGUGACUAAAAUGAACUGGAAGGAGACAUUGUUUACUUUUUAAAAUGACAUAGCUGUGCUCAUUACUGUUAAUUUGAAGCAAUUUGUGCACUUUAGAUUUAGUAGUCUGCAAAGAUACCAAGCCUAAAAACCUCUCAACAUCGAUGUGAUUGCACUUACUUGAUAUUUCCUCAUUUGAUAUUUGAUAUUUAGUUAUUUCAGCCUGAGCAUCAUUUCAGAGUUUAUUCAGUCUCGAGUUUGGGAUUUGUUAUGGUCAGAGUGUUGUUUGCUUUAUCACACAUUGCACAAAUUCACAUUUUGUAUUGUUACUGUGUAUUAGUUGCUUCCUAUACCUUGGACAGCUGCCUUUCGCACUGUAACUGUGACUUUCUUUCUUUUUUGUACACCAAAUAUUAGUGAAAUAUUUACAUGCUGACUCUUCUGUGUUCUACCUUUUUAAUAUGUGUAGAAAAUGUUUGAAUUUUGUCACAUUUCAAAAUAAAAUAUCCUGGAAGUAUUUUAA